CAGUACCCACUGAGGUCCAGAGCCGGGGUGGGGCAGGGGAGGAGGGGUGUCUGUCUGUUCCUUACUGGGCAUGCCACAAAAUCAGUGACUUUUCCCUGCACACCUCACUUGUCAUUGUGGUUUGUGCUGCUCUUUGUGGUGGGACGUGUGUUCUGGUGCAGUUAAGGUCUCAUGCUGCUCCCUGUCAUUCCUUUGCUACUAGCACCUGCCUCCUCCACUGUCCCUCAUCCCAGGGCAGGCCUCUUGUAGGAAGUAGCCUCCUGGCAGUGGCAUGGCUUCCAGGAUGGGUGAGGAUGAGGUCGUUUCCCAAAACAGUCACCUGCAUCUCUUCCUCGGUCUCCUCGGGGCUGAUUGGAAAGACUUGACUAGCCCUUCCCCCUUCCCAGGGGAUGCCCUGCACAAGGUGUCUGUCACCAACACAGAUGACGGAACUUCUGCACAUAAAAUGUUGGGGGAAGUGCCGGUUCUAGGAAUCUCUGAAAAGCAGGAAGGAGCCGAGAGUUCUGGCCUCUGCUUUAUUUUUAACCAUGGCAAGACCGGAGGAUGGAGAGAUGUGCAAGAGAUGCCCAAAGCGCCAGGAGGGCCUGGUCUCCCAGCUCUGGCCCAGCGCCUCCUCCCUCUGUAGCAGCUGCUUGUGUCUGCACUGGGUCAUCAGUGUUGUCGCCUUGCUUAUUAAGAACUCAGGCGGUAUCCAGCUUAACUUCCUCCAGAGGCAAAAAGCUAUAAAAAGUCUCUCUGAAGAGCAAUAAUUCAGUGAAGAGGCUCAUUAAGAACUGUAGACUGGAAAUAAAAGGGGUAAAGAUUAUCUGGGAAAACAUGCUACUUCCUGUUUUAUUCGGAAUUUCCUGAAAGCGCAGGCUCUCGGUCAGGGCUCGCGAGAGCACCAACUCUCUAGCAGACACUUUGUGUCCUGAUGUUCUUUGACUCGGUGUGAUCUGAGGUCCAUUUUGCUUGGAGUUUAUUAAACGCACGCCAUGUGCCAUGCUGCACACUUACGUCCAUUCCCUCAGUUACUCCUUUCAGCAGCCCCAGGAAAGGCAGCAUUGCUAUACCUGUUGCUUGGACUAGGAAACCCCCACUCAGAUUUGCCCUUGACCCCACAGCUGCCAGUGAUAGCUGGAAUCUUGAACUAGGGACCCUGAUGCCAUCUGUUUUUUCCUUCCUGUAACAGUAAGGUUGUCUUUGCCCUCUCAGGUUAAACAAGGCACUUGGGUGUCUGGAGUGAAUUGUCACCACUCAGUUAGUGGCAUUUGGCCGCAUGGCCCGAGUGUAGCACUGGCACUUUCUUUUCCUGCACUUGCCGGUCCCUGACAAGACGCCAUUGGGUAUUCCAGGUCAUGCAAUCCUGUGGCACAAUUUAGAGAGCAUUAGGAAGGAGGCUGGCAAAGUAGGGCAGCUGUGCAGUAUGCCAGUUCCCCUCCUUGGAAGCUCCAAAACGAAGCCACUGUCUUUCCCCUGUGAGUGGUUGGUGCAUAGCUGGAUCCUCAGCAACUGAGGGGUCCUCACCCCCUGGCAGCCGCUGGCCCGUCGGGCUGUCUAGUGUUGGAGCAGGGCGUGCAGGUGGGUGGUUUCCAGGCCACUUAUUUGUCAGAGUAGAGCAUCCGGUCUCCCUGCCCAGGCUGGUGGUGGUCCGAGGCUCUGGUCUGCUCCUUCAGGGGAUGAUGAUGGGCAAAGUGCUGGCAGUAGAGCCAUAGACAAAGACAGGCCCUGGCCUCGUGGAGCUGAGAAUUGGCAUGGAGGUAGACAAAGUAUGUACAGUGUAGGAGCUGCUGGGGGGAGUACAGAGGAUGGAGUGGGGAGGGCACGUGCAAGCUAAGCUCUGAAGGGUGAGGAGCCAGUUGUGUGAUGUGACAAGGAACUGAGGGGCCAGAUCUGGGAGACUGGAGACGUGUGAGGAGUUAAGCACAAAGGGAUAGGAGGUUGCCAAUGGGAAAUGACGCACCGAAGGCAGAAGGCCGGCAUCGGGUGAGGCAUCAGCUUCAGGAUGCUCCCUGGGGGGCUCAUGUCCUCGGAAAGGGCAUCUUCCUGGGAUUUGCAGCCUUGACUAUUCGUGGGCCUCUUUGGACAGGCUCAGUCUUCCAGAAGUACUUGGUUUGAUCUCACCAAUACUCGGCUUGACUGGCUGCAUUUUAGGAUACGAAACUUGGACUUCUGAAAGGAAUUUAAGAGGAACAUCAGCAUUUAAGAUAUGGUGCUCAGGAUUGAUGACAUAGGUGAUAUUUAUCCUCAUGAUCCUGUCAGCACUCAGAGUCACCCCUUUCCUCUUCCAGCAUGUCUGGAAGGGCUUAUUUUUGCCAGUGGGCCCUGCCCUCUGGCUGGAGGAAAGUAUGCUGGCUCCAGUCUACGAGAGUGGAGGUCCUGAGAGUCUGCAGUCCCAAGUCCAAAGUAGUGGCCACAGUUCAGGCCUGUGACAAGCCAGGGGGUUGUUUUUUGAAGGUGGCCCAGGGAGGUCGAAAAUGAGAGCCUGGGGGCCCAAGAAGCUAGUUUACCGAGCUGGUCUUGAUAGGGGAGACCCUAACCCAGCGGCGCUAGAGGAAUUAAAGACACACACACAGAAAUAUAGAGGUGUGAAGUGGGAAAUCAGGGGGUCUCACAGCCUUCAGAGCUGAGAGCCCCGAACAGAGAUUUACCCACAUAUUUAUUAACAGCAAGCUAGUCAUUAGCAUUGUUUCUAUGAUACACAAUUAACUAAAAGUAUCCCUUAUGGGAAACGAAGGGAUGGGCCGAAUUAAAGGAAUAGUUUGGGUUAGUUAACUGCAGCAGGAGCAUGUCCUUAAGGCACAGAUCGCUCAUGCUAUUGUUUGUGGCUUAAGAAUGCCUUUAAGCAGUUUCCCCGCCCUGGGCAGGCCAGGUGUUCCUUUCCCUCAUUCCUGUAAACCCACAACUUUCCAGCUUGGGCAUUAGGGCCAUUAUGAACAUGUUACAGUGCUGCAGAUAUUUUAUUUAUGGCCAGUUUUGGGGCCAGUUUAUGGCCAGAUUUUGGGGGGGGGCCUGCUCCCAACAGAAGCUGCUCCAUGACAUUCACAAUGGUGGAUCCAUUCACAUGGAUUGUUCACGAAGCAUCUGAAGGGAGACAGGCGCUGUACCAUGGAGUGUCAACAAAGGACCAUGGAGCCCAGUAGAUUUUUGCUGAAAGACCAAAUGUAUGUUGAUUGAGAUGAAGUAUUUGGUUAAAAGAUUAGAGAGUACGGAAAACAUGAGCCGCUUUUCCAAGCUUUUAGUUGAGUCUGGAAGAGCCCUAGUGUACCCCCACCCACUUGAGGGAUCCCACAGUGCUUUCAGCAGGAGUUCAAUGUGGGUAUUCCUUUACCCUCCCGACAGCCCCCUAAGCCAAAUAUUCUUCUUUUUAUGACCUAAGACACCUGAGGCUUACAGGAUAAUAGAUAACAUCCCCAAGGCCGCAAAAGGAGGAGGAGUUGGAGUUGGGAGUCAUGUCUCUCUUUCCAGAGCCCAUUUUGGCCUGCUUACAGGCUCCUGGAGGUAGACGUUGCCAAUCCCUGCAGUCCUGAUUAUGCCACGAGGGGCUGGCUCUGGAUGACCUGCCUCUCUGGGCCCUUCCGACGCUGCACCUAGAGCCAGACCCCAGGCUUCCUCGCUGCCAGAGAAGGGGAGCGCGGGGAGCUGGGGAUCCUUGGGAGGGUUUUAUUUUUUAUUUUAUUUAUUUAUUUAUUUAUUUAUUUUUUCUGAGGUGGUGUCUCGCUCUGUCGCCCAGGCUGGAGUGCAGUGGUGCCAUCUCGGCUCACUGCAAGCUCCACCUUCCGGGUUCAUGCCAUUCUCCUGCCUCAGCCUCCUGAGUAGCUGGGACUAUAGGUGCCCGCCACCAUGCCCGGCUAAUUUUUUGUAUUUUUAGUAGAGAUGGGUUUCACCGUGUUAGCCAGGAUGGUCUCGAUCUUCUGACCUCGUGAUCCGCCCGCCUCGGCCUCCCAAAGUGCUGGGAUUACAGGCGUGAGCCACUGUGCCCGGGAGUGUUUUAAAUCUCAGGUCUUCAAACGGAAAUCCUGAGAACAUCAGAAAAUGUUGGUGUCUCCUGGAGACCAGGCAUUUUUUUCUCAUGAUUCUCCCUGCUCUGUAAUUCCCACUGCUCGUUUCUCUCCACAUUGCUCCACGGGUGUCUUUCGAGAGUACACAUAUGGCAGGUGCUGCUCUGGGCAGGAUACAAAGAUCAGAGGGGCAGUGUUCUGGCCUCAGGGCUCUCACACGUGGGGGUUGGACUGUUCAGCUGUCUAAAACACAGCCCAUAAUAAAUAUAAUAACAAAUGUUUAAACCAAGUGCUAGGAAACUGGGGCGGGGAGGGGGGAGAACUAGAUUGACUAGUGCCUGGAAUGAGAGUGGGGCCAGGUGGGGAGGUGGUGAUACUGCAUGGUGGGCUUUGGGAACCCCUGGGAGGGGGGCAAGUUACAGUGUGAUGGUGAGAAGGAUGGUGGAAAUGUCAGAGUUGCAGGGCUUGUGGCUGGAGGUAAGACUGGGAAGUCAGGUUGCUCAGGGUUUCUUGAAAGAUCUUUACAAAGAGCCAAGAAUGAGUCUUGUGCAUGUUAACUUGCUAUAAAACAUGCCUCCUAAUUGAGUAACCCCAUGCUGCCUGCAUAUUUGUGAGGAAGGAAAUAAUUCCACCGAUUGGCCAUGGAGAAGUACAAAGAGGGCUGAGGCAAGGGGUGCGGAUGUCUACAAGAAGGUGGGCAGUGUGGACUAGAGAGGGCGAGUGCUCGCCAGGUGACCCCUUCCUGAACAGUGUGUGCUUUGAAAUGUGCGUAGGAGCGUGUGAAAAGUACAAAUUAUUCUCUCUCUGCUGUGGUCUGGGCUACUGCCAUUUGCGUUAGGAGGUCUCCGCAGAGAGAUGACGGCACCUGUAAUGGCCUUGUGAUGCCACCUGCCAGUCCCUGGCCUGUUUUCUGCACCUGGAAACAGACAAAUAUGGUGUUGAUGGUGGGAAGUUUCCAAGGCAAUUUGUGGGAUUCUUGGUCACCUUGAAAAAAUUCAGUAGUGGAAUGAUCAUAGGACUUUGGGUUGGAGACCUGCUCAGAGAACUCUCCACCCACCAGCCUUGACCAUGUUCAGUUUCUUCUCCCGGUCUAAGUGUCUUCACAUGGAAAAUGUGGCCAGUGAAGCAGAUGGUCUCAAAGAGCCUGUCCUGGUCUCUAAUGCCCUGGACCGAGUUACUGCCUGGUUUGCUGAAGAGUUAUUCCAUCAAUGAUUAAGGAACUUGGUAGUUGGUAGGAUAUGGAGGUGGGGAAGGGUUAAAAUAAUUUCUUAGAGGCUUAUUCUUUGCACACUUCUUUUCAUGUUCUGAUAAGCAUAGCUGUUGUUUUCAUAACCUGCCAGUGGAUUCUGUGGGGCCGACUAUUAAUCUCAUUCUAAACAGAAUAGGCCUGUCUUUAAUCACAAGAAAACAGCAAAGGAGUCCCAGAGGUCAGCACAGUCAUUUGCUGGGCUCAAAUUGCCAGCAUUCUUUUUGUUCUCUGAAAAUGAAGCUUUAAGGGACAUGGGCUUACAGCCAAAUACAGGCAAGACACAUUCUGUUAGUCGCAGGAGGAAAACCAUGUCGAAACGAAAAGUCCAUAUUGGUGGUAGUUUUUUGAGAGCUACACCACAACCCCCAAAAUUGACCUCUAAGUUUAAAGUGACAACAGUAAGACCUGGAUAAUCCUGCACAUUCCUAGUGCCACCACAACCCAGUGAGAUUAACAAAAGACUCAUGGAACCAAACUUCAUCCCCAAAGUAUUCAGGUCCGCUGGGCUGCUGAAGGGGAGCAGCACUGGUGUCUGGGUGUGGCAUCUGAACCUUUGCUUCCAGAACACCAGCAUCGUCACAUUUCUCAGAGAAAGCAAUUUGCCUUGAGACAGUUCCAUUGUGAGUGGAAGAGACAAGGGUGCAUUGUUCACCAGACAAUGCCUGAAGUAAGGAUUAUGCAAAAUGGACUCUUGACCUCUCUAUUCCAAAUAAGUGGGAGACUCUGUAGUUUCCAUAAAGCUUGUAUUGAGCUAAAUGAUGUGACUUGGAUGUAGCAUCCUUUGUCUAAUCGGAUACCAAAAUGUUAAGCACCUAUUUGUGAAAGACUGGAUAUUACACUUUGACAGAGGUGUCAGGCUCUGUUAAUCAGUAUCAUGGAUGCUCAUUAUUGGCAGAUUCCAUAUUUGUGAGUCUGCUUACUUGCUAAAAUUUAUUUAUGUCCUCAAAAUGAAUACCCAUGGUACUUUUGUAGUCAUUCAACGAGUAUGUGUAGAGUAGCAAAGAAUUUGAGUCGCUUGACAAGUCUGUUCCCUGUCGAACAAAGCAACACUCUGCCUUCUUGUUCCAGCUCUCAUACUGUAAACAAGCGUCUUUUUCACUAUUUAGUGCCAUUUUUUUUUUUUUUGCAUUUGUGUGCUUUUUCAUGGUGCUUUUGCUGUUUAAAAUGGCCCCCAAGUGUAGUGCUGCAGGACUGUGUUCUAAGCGCAAGAAGGCUGUGAUGUGCCUUUUGGAGAAGAUACCUGUUAGACAAACUUGUUCAGCCAUGAGUUCUAGUGCCAUUGGCCUUGAGUUCAAUGUUAAUCAACAGUAUGUAGUAAACGUCUUUAAAACGAAACACACAUAAAACAAGCUCACGGAUUGAUGGGUUGACAUAAGCGUUGUGACCAGAGGCUAGCCUAACCCUUUAUUUCCCCUAGGAGCGAUAAUUCAGGGUUCUCUAAGUCAGUGUUGAUGGCAACUUUAAAGAACAUAACUACUGCAGAUAACAAGAAUAGGCUCUGUUUGAUGCAGGAAUUUUGCUUAGUUUUCUGCUGAGGGUCUCUUUGACAUCUUUCUGUAAAUCUCCAACUUUUACCUGCAAAAAAGGGGAGUUUGAUUCCCACCAUUUUUCUUACUCUGCUUGUCUUGUCUGUCUCCCACCAUCCUGCCUCCUCUUCUCAUGCACACAAACUUUCAUCCUCCACCAUCUCCCGUCCACUAGGCAACUAUGACAUCUGCAUGAGCAAGGGCCCUUCUCUUUGAAAGGAGCCCUUAGAAAAGUACCUUGGCAGAGAAUUUGGUGAUGUGGCCAGAAAGAGCCAGACUGUACUAGGAGAGCCUGGAUGCAGUACUCCUUUUACCUUCCAGCCUCAGGAACAGGCAGAUUGGAUGGGGUUUAGUGAGGCCAAGGAAAGGGAUAAUUAGUAAGUAUAGCAACUCCCCUCUGCAGGCACCAUGACAGCUCAGGAGUUUUCAAAUACUCUCCAAAUACAUUUUAAUUACUUUUAAAACACCAGCAAAGGGUCAUUCACAAAGCAAAAUCACAGGGGAUUUUAAAGGCACUGAUUUUAUAAAGUUAGCAGUUAAAUGUUUUAAAAGCUUGUUCCUCUUCCAUAUAUCUUACCAGAUCUAAAAAUAAUAUGAAGAAGUUAUUUAUAAAUGUGGCUAAGUAAAAUGCUAAAGAAAUCUCUGUUAACCGCUCUGUUAACCCCAAUGGUUUUGGGGUUAAAUCUCUGUUCUGGCAAGCAUGACGCUGUAACAGUGAGUGUCCUCACCUUGUAGCGCUAUUCGUACUCCCUUUCCUUUCCUAAAACUGGCACAUGGAUUGAGAAACUAGAAACCUAUGUUUGUAAAAAGUCCAAACAUACCUAAAAAUAACAAGUUAAUGUAACAUUUGAGGAACUUACCACUCAGAUUUAAUAGAUACUGUAUUUUUGCUGUAUAUCUUUCAGAGCUUUUAUUUUAAAGAAAAUAUUAGGUAUAGUUGAAAUCCUUUGUACCCCCUCUUAUCCUAUUCCUUCCCUCAAGAGGUAGCCAUAUCUAAAGUCAGUGUAAUAGUCUGUUCUUGCACUGCCAUGAAGAAAUACCCAAGACUGGGUAAUUUAUAAAGAAAAGAGGUUUAAUUGGCUUAUGGUUCUGCAGGCUGUAUGGGAAGUGUGGUGCCGGCAUUUGCUCGGCUUUUGGGGGAGGCCUCAGGAAACUUACAAUCAUGGCAGAAGGUGAAGUGGAAGGAGGUGUGUCUUACAUGGCUGGAGCAGAAGGAAGAGAGAAAGCGGGGAGGGGCUAUACAUUUUUAAACAACCAGAUCUCACAGUAACACUCACUAUUGCCAUGACAACAACUAGGGGGAUGAUGUUAAACCACCAGAAACUGCCCCCAUGAUCCAAUCACCUCCCACCAGGCCCCUUCUCCAACACUGGAGAUUACAAUUCAGCAUGAGAUUUGGGCAGGGACACAGACCCAAACCAUUAUCAGUCAGUGUGUAUCAUUUAUAUCCAUAUUUUAUAUUUUUGAUACAUAUAUAUGCAGCUACAACUCAUUGUUUUGUGGAUUCUUAUUCGUGGUAUGCAAGCUUCAGUGAUAGGCUUUUGUUUUUCAUUCCUUCAGCACUCAUUUUGAGAUCUAUCAGGUGGAUGCUUGUUGACGUAGUUCACUGAUUUCUCCUGUCAUAUAGUAUGCCAUGUGUGACUGUAUCCCAGUUUGUCCACUUGCCUAUUCAUGGGCAUUUCCAAUUUGACAGUUUCAAGCAAUGCUGCCAUGGACUUACUGCUAGUUAGCUAUCUCCUGGCGCAUAUAUGUGAGUGUGCAAACUGAGAAGAACUGCUGGCUAGAGAAGGGAAGAACUGGUUUGUUCAGUAUUUUCAUUUUCAUCUCUGUUAUUAACAAAUUUCUCUCCAAAGUCAUUGCAUCAGUUUACACACCCAUCAGCAAGGUUUAAGAUUUCUGUUUUCAAGUACCUCCCACUAUGUGGUAUUACGUUUUUUAAAGCCUUGCCAGUCUAAUAAGUGUCAACAAGUGUCUCUUAAAGUUAUAUUUUCUCUAUUAUUAAUAAGCAUGAACUUUCAUGGGAACGGUCAUUCUGAGUUUUUCUCCCUGUUAAUUGCCUGUUUAUAAUAUUUUAUAAACAUAAUAAUUUGCUGAUUUCCUUCCUGGAUUGUUUGUCAUUUUUCUGACCUAAGAAAACAGAAAAGCAAUGCUUGCUAUACAAAGUGCAGUUCGGAGAGGGUUUAAGACCACUACCAUGAGGCUGGGUGUGGUGGCUCCUGCCUGUAAUCCUAGCACUUUGGGAGGCCAAGGCGGGCUGAUCACCUGAGGUCAGGAGUUCUAGACCAGCCUGGCCAACGUGGUGAAUCCCCGUCUCUACUAAAAAAUACAAAAAUUAGCCAGGUGUGGUGGCAGGCAUCUGUAAUCCCAGCUACUCGGGAGGCUGAGGCAGGAGAAUUGCUUAUACCCAGGAGGCAGAGGUUGCAGUGAGCUGAGAUUGUGCCACUGCACUCCAGCCUGGGCGACAAGAGCAAGACUCUGUCUCAAAAAAAAAAAAAAAAAAAAAAAGACCACCACCACCAUGAAUUCUCCAUACUUCUUGCACUUCUGCUUCCCCCAAUAGACCCCUGCUUCCCACCUCCUGACCCCCAGAGCCUGGUUCUGCUCUCUACCUUGAGAACUUUGGGACUAAUAUUACGAUGCCCUUUAUUCUUGUUGACGACAGUCACCAUGAGAAUCCCAGGCCCUCCGGAAGAUCCCUCACCCUUGGCGACCCAAUCUCCACUCAGCUUCAUACCUUCCUUCCUUUGACUCAACUUCCUGUCCAAUCCUGAAACCUGUUCUCAGGGCCCCUGGAACUCACAGUCAUCAGUGGUCUCUGAUCACCUCCACCUCUUCUGUAAACAUUUCCUGUUUGUUGCUCCAGUGGAAGCUGGGGCCCCUUGAAGCCUCUGCUUCCCCUGUAGCCCUCUCAGGAGUGGGUCUUUUCUCUACCACGAGGCCUAGAGGUAAAGCAGGCGUCUUCAAUCCUCUUUGUCCCAUCCAGACCAUUGUCCCCUUGCCCUUCUAAACCCCUAGACAUGAAUCUCAUGCCAUUGGGCUAAACCAUCGGGGGUUCAGUCAUCUGUGGUUCCCCAGGCCACCUCUUGUGUUCCUUGAAGGCUUCAGCUCCCAGCCACUGUUACUCUCUCCAAUCCAAUCUCACGUGACCCUAGGCGACUUAGGUGAUCCUUUCCAAAAGCCUGGCCUCCUGGCUACCCAAUCUCCUCCCCACCACCCUACCACCCUGCCAUCCAUCUAACAUUAGUCACCCACUCCCGGGUUACACCUCAGGCCCUGUCGUUGCCAAAAACGACAUUAUCCAGAGUCCUAAUUUCAAACAUCCUGCUCUUCCCUCCUAGCUCACUCCCUCUUAUACCCUGGCUCCAACCCCAUUCCCUCAACCCUACAGGGCCCCACUUAUCCUACUGGCUAUCCAUUGUCUCUCCUCAUGCCCUCACCGCCCUCCUCACCCUCCUUAAAUUUCAAGUCUACUGCUGCAACCAACUCUCCGGGCCUCUCUUGAUGAUACUCAGACUCUACCACAGCCUGCACCUAUGGGCUGGAUGUGCCUGGGGAAAAGCACAUCUCUGCUGACUGGUCUCAUGACCACAACCACACAGGGGCCUGUGGUGCUCCUGGGGGCAGCAUGGCUCCCCAGACCUCUGCCUUCCCAGGAAACUAGGUCCUUCUUUCCCUUCUCAACCUUCCAGUACCUUUGGGCCCUCAUUUUACCUCUGCUGAUUGGCUUUGUUCCCUAUUUUACUGAAAAAAUGGAGGAAUCAGAAGAAAUAUUCCACAAAUGUUUGAACCACUUCCGCUGUUCUGUGUCUGUGACUGCACCCUCCAGCCCCGCUCCGGGGAAUGUUCCUGAUGCUGCGUCUCAUUGAGGUGGGGGUGAGGGGAGGGGUGCUCCCAUCUCCUGUGCCCAAGGUCCGGUCCCCUCGGACCUGCUUGGGGGCUUCGCUCCGCAAACUUCCCCUCACCCUGCUGCAUCAUCAAAAUGGUCAUGCAGUUUGAUGGUCAUUCCCACCAGCAAAAAACUUGAUUUUUCCUGGAAAAAAAAGAGGCCAGGCACCCUGGCUCACACCUGUAACUUUGGGCGGCUAAGACAGGUGGAUUACUUGAGGUCAGGAGUUCGAAACCAGCCUGGGCAACAUGUUGAAACCCCUCUCUACUAAAAAUACAAAAAUUAGCCGGGCGUAGUGGCAUGUGCCUGCAAUCCCAGCUACUCGGGAGGCUGAGGCAGGAGAAUCGCUUGAACCCGGGAGAUGGAGGAGGUUGCAGUGAGCCGAGAUGGCGCCAUUGCACUCCAGCCUGGGUAACAGAGCGAAACUCUGUCUCAAACAAACAAAACAAAAAACCCAAAAGAGUUAGCUGCAAUUCUUGUCAUUUCCUCUCAGUCUCUUUAAUGAAAUAAUGGUUUAACGAAGAGAAGCCAAGCUUUGUCCCGAAAGUGCCCCAACGUCCCCGGGACUCGCCUGCCUCGCGCUUUGCCCCGCAAAGGGACCUUCCUUGGGGUGCUGUGUGCCCCACAGUGGGUUGACCAAGCUGCCUACGGCAGGGCCCUAAUGUGAGCACGAGUGUGGUAACUGAAGGAGCAGUUUGGUGGCCUGGAAUGGCGUGCUUAGGGCCAACCCAGUCCUUCCUUGCAGAUGACCCUCACGCUGGCUGGUUUUCUUCCAAAUUGGUGCCAAUCUAAUGAUAUUUCCAUGCUCAAAAUUAUGUCAAUGGGGAGAAUGGGGAGACAUUGGUCAAAGUACACAAAACUUUAGUUAGACAGAAGAAGGAAGCUCAAGAGACCUGUCAUACAGCAUGGUGACUAGAGUCAAUAUAUUGUAUAUUGAAAAUUGCAAAGAGAGUAGAUGUUAAGUGUUCUCACCAUAAAAAGUAUGGGGAGUUAUAUGUGUGUUAAAUAGCUUGAUUUAGCCAUUCCACGAUAUACACAUGUAUCAGAACAUCAGGUUGUAUACCAUACAUAUAUACAAUUUGUACUUGUCAAUUGAGAAAUUAAAAUGUAUAUAUACAUCUCAACCCAAGCCUUCCUGUCUGAGCACUGUUGCGUGCUUGUGGCCGUGUUGUUCUCCCACUUCCUGAGCUGAUUCUCUUCAGGUAAAUGAAUCAGUGUGGGUAGAUCCAUUUCAUUUUGCCUCCUAGGCCUAUCUGAACUGCUGCGAGGACUGGUUCUGACGUAGGAGCUGCUUUUGUGUUGAAUUGGGUUUGUGGCAAUGGUGACAGUCAGAUGCUGUGGGGGGUGAGGCCACCCUGAGCUGGGGGAGGGUGUGGGGCACUAGUUGUCCACCCAUGUUCCAUGUUACCGUGUGAAAAAAGUAGCUUACAGAGCAUGUCAGUACAGCCUGUCCUCUUCUUAAAAGAAAACUGGCAGGGCAUGUUGGCUCACGCCUCUAAUUCCAGCAUUUUGGGAGGCUGAGGCGGGUGGAUCACCUGAGAUCAGGAGUCUGUGACCAGCCUGUCUCUACUAAAAAUACAAAAAUUAGCUGGGCGUGGUGGCACACGCCUGUAAUCCCAGCUACUCAGGAGGCGGAGGCAUGAGAAUUGCUUGAACCCAGAGAGGCGGAGGUUGCAGUGAGCCGAGAUCACGCCACUGCACUCCAGCCUGGGCAGCAAGAGCAAAACUCUAUCUCAAAAGAAAAGAAAAUUAUCUGGGAAAAAAAGACUUAAAUGCUGAGCACCAACAUAUGAGCUGUUGUUAUCUCUGAGUGUGAUGACGAGGACUUUAUUUUCUUCUUUUUAACUCCAAUUCCUAAUUUUUAAAACCAAGGACGCUGUGUUAAAAAACCCGUUAGAAAAAUUUCCAGUAACAAUCAAGAAAGACAGGACUAGCAAAAUAAUAUAAGAAACAACCUAAAGGGUAAUCACAGCAAACUUCCCUAGGUUGUUAAACAUGAGAGAAAUGCCAGGCUUUUAUUUAGAGAAAGCCAAUUUGAUUUGGAAGAUCAUCAACCUGGUUUGCGAAGUCAUUGUCCCUGGGGCCUUAUUAUGUUCUUUCUGUUCUUAGAAGAGACCUGACCUGAGAGAUUCUCAGCAAAGCACAACUAAUAAUAGAAUUAAAAUGAUAACAGUUUGGAUUAUUUAGCCUAACAGAAAAUGAUGGCUUAAAAAUGGUCUUUAAGUUAGUCAAGAGGUUUUAGGUGAAGACACUGAUCAAUUGUUAGCCAUUUUCAUAGGGGACAGAACAAGAAGAAAUGGCCCUAAAUUCAUAAAGAGAGAGCUUAAGAGUGAUCCCUGCCAGGGAGGCUGAUGAAACACUGGCUAUUGAUGAACACUGGGCUCCCUCAGUCUAGGAGGACUCAAAAGAGGAAACACCAUCUGUCAUAGAAGAUCUAGGGGGUAUUUUCCUGAGGCAGGCUGGCCAGAAGCUUCCUUCAAGUUCCAGUCUUAUGAUAUCUUCAUGAAGGUGUAAACAUACCUAAUCCAUUCCUGAAUGACCUGUCCUGGAACUCAGUGUCUGUUUUUGGCCAGGCCCAGUCCUAGGAGAGCUGGUGGCCAUCUGUGUAAUUGGAGGGCUGCCAAAAUACCAUUCCUACUGCCGGGCCAUGUCUGAGAUCCUACCGGGCAACAGUCACUUUUUGGUCAUCAAGUACCCGAUGGGGACCGGAUGCAGUGGCUCACACCUGUAAUCCCAGCACUUUGGGAGGCCGAGGCGGGCUGAUCACAAGACCAGGAGAUCGAGACCAUCUUUGCUAACACUGUGAAACCCCGUCUCUACUAAAAGUACAAAAAAAAAAAAAAAUUAGCCGGGCGUGGUGGCGGGUGCCUGUGGUUCCAGCUACUCGGGAGGCUGAGGCAGGAGAAUGGCGUGAACCCGAGAGGCGGAGGUUGCAGUGAGCCGAGAUGGUGCCACUGCACUCCAGCCUGGGUGACAGAGUGAGACUCUGUCUCACGUCUCAAAAAAAAAAAAAAAAAAAAAAUCCCGAUGAGGUGUGAGUAAUGCACUUAUGGUUUUCUUUUUUUUUUUUUAUGUUCAGAAAGGAAUGUUUGGGGAUUUUGAGAUAACUAGUUUAGAAUUUUGUCUCUUGAGGAAUUAUUAAGAAAAAUUAUCCAAAACUUAGAACUAAGGCAAAGUGGAAAGGGGCAUGUCCUCUCAAUGUUGUGCUGGGACACUGUGUGACAGGCUGAGCCAGGAGUUGUUUUGAGGGAGAAUAUACCUGUGUUUAACUUUACCAUUUACUAGGUGAUAAGCCCAAACACAGUGAAGUCACACGUAACUUGUCAAUUUCUGUUUCCAAGAAAAGAUAACCAGAAAGGUUGUAGUCUUAUUCCUGUGUAGGACAUUAACCAGUUUGUGUGUGUGUGUGUGUGUGUGCACGCGUGUUUGAAUCAUGGCUUUGCUCUAUCACCCAGGCUGGAGUGCAGUGGUGCAAUCAUAGUUCACUCCAGCCUUGACCUCCCAGGCUCAAGUGAUUGUCACCACUCAGCAUCCCAAGUAGUUAGGGCCCAAGGCUGCUUGCCACCUACACCCAGCUAAUUUUUGUUGUUGUUGUUGUUGUUGUUGUUGUUUGUUUUUGUUUUUGGUAGAGACGGGGUUUUCCCAUGCUUCCCAGGCUGGUCUUGAACUCCCAGGCUUAAGUGAUCCACCCACCUCAGCCUCCCAAAGUGCUGGGAUUACAGAUGUGAGCCACCGUGCCUGGCCCGGUUUUGUAUCUAACCUAGCAGCCCUUCUCGCAUUCUGUUUUGUUCUUAAAUGCUGAUGAAUUCCACAAAUGCUCUUUGAUUCCUCUUUACUAUCCUCUUGGCUUGCUCAUUAAUGAGUUCAAUGUUCAUUUUAUAUUUGUGUGAGAGUCAUGUGUUUAGAUUUUGAAACUCAAUACUUUGACAGGAAGGAGAGGAGACAUUAGGGCAAUAACUUUAAGAGUGUGACAUUGAUUCUCCUCUGCCUAAGAUGAAUAUAUGGUCAUUCCUUGAAGCAGGAAGAUGAAUCAGUUCUCAGGUGACCCAUGAAUAGUUAAUCCCUUGGUGAGCAAGAGCUAAUUGGAUUUUUUUUCCAACCUUAACAGCUAACUAAGCAAGGUCUGCCUGGUGGGUUGUGGGUGAAGCCACCCUGGGAAGCCAGGGUGGGAAAGAGGGAAUUCUUUUUUUUUUUUUUUUUUUUUUGUGAGACAGAAUCUCGCUCUGCUGCCCAGGCUGGAGUGCAGUGGCGUGAUCUCAGCUCACUGCACCUUCCACCUCCUGAGUUCAAGUGAUUUUUAUGUCUCAGCCUCCUGAGUAGCUGGGAUUACAGGCACCUGUCACCAUCCCUGGCUAAUUUUUGUAUUUUUAGUAGAGAUAGGGUUUUGCCAUGUUGGCCAGGCUGGUCUCAAACUCCUGAUCUCAGGUGAUCCACCCACCUUGGCCUCCCAAAGUGCUGGGAUUACAGGUGCGAGCCACCACGCCCGGCCUGGAAGGAGGGAAUUCUGGCUGCUGUCGUGACUGGGGUUCUGAAACAAGAGCCCUGGUGGAUGCCAGGGUCGAACUGGAGAAUCAGAUUUCAGAGGGGAAGGAAUUCAGGGAGAGACAAGUUCUGGUGUGGUUGCGGGAGAAGGUGGCUGAAGUGGAACGGGAAGCUCAUUGGAGCAGAGGAGUUAAGGCAGAGAGUGGCUGGGAGUCAAAGGAGCCGCCUGUGGGGGUGCUGAGCUCCUCCCUGAUGGUGACAGGCCCUGGGGUGGCAGCAAUAGCACCUGCUCUGGGCUGUCUGGAGGGAAGUGGAGUGCCUGGGGGAGACCCAGACCCCAGCCAUGGCCAGAGGGUGGAGGGGCCCUGGGAGGGAAAAGGGUGGCAGCGAAAGUCUCUUUUAAACGGAAUGGGGGGAAGGAGUGCAGGAUAGCGGGGGUUCAUGUUGCAGAUCUAUACAGGGAAUGAGGGUCUAGGAGAGAGCUGUUUUUUGGUUUUGUUUUGUUUUUUGUUUUUUUGAGACAAGGACUCUGUUGCCCAGGCUGGAGUACAGUGGCAGGUUUCACAGCUCACUGCAGCCUCAACCUCCUGGGUUCAAGUGAUCCUCCCACCUCAGCCUCCCAAGCAGCUGGGACUACAGGCACCCGCCAUCACGCCUGGCUGAUUUUAAAAUUUUUUUGUAGAAACGGGGUUUCACCACGUUGCCCAAGUUGGUCUUGAACUCCUGGGAUCAAGCCAUCCCGCCCACCUCGGCCUUCCAAAGUGCUGGGAGUACAGGCGUGAGGCACCGCGCCAGGCCAGGGCCAAUAUUUUGGACCAAGCCAAACGAUUUCUAGGAUGAGAGGCAUGAAUGGAGGAGGCCGUGAGAGACCCAUCCAUCCACCGUGAAAAUUAUCUGGUGACAUCACCAGAGGGUCUGAGUGCCUGAGUGAGGUCGCAGCCUACGCCGCCCAAGCCCAAAGGCACAGGGAGGGCAACCUCAGACACCCGCUUGUAGGGCAGGGACAUCUCCUGUUAGGCUUUUCUCGGGAAGAAAAAAGGGAGGAAGUGGCCUCCCCUGCCUCACCCGCCCGCCGCUGGUGAAAGCUCGGGGCAGCUGACCCACCUGCCCAAGCCAUAGAACGCAACAGCGGUGCCUGCAGCUUCUGUGCCUGCGGGGCUUAUCUUGCUGGUGGUCGACGAUCUGCAGAUGGUUUAACUCCACUCCUGUCUCCCGCCCUGGGGCUGCCAAUCUGUCCAAAACUCAGCUGCCUGCUGGUGUGCACUGCGGAGGACUUGGGGCCCCCACUCGAGGGACCUGAGCUUCUCAGAGGCGUCUCCUGAAUAAAACAAAACGCCGUGUGCUGCGCGCUUUGUGUGGGGGCUGCUUCACUCUGUGUCUCUCGAUCACAGCUGCAAAUUCCAGUUUUAUCUGUUGUGUUUUUGAGCCUGUUUGCUUUUGAUUACAGUUUGGUUUUGAAAGAGAAGAGGCACACACUAUCCAGCUCCCUUUCUUCUCUCUCAGAUGGAGCAAUAAAGCUUUUUUAUAGUGGAAUUGGUUUUUUCCAUUAUGGCGCAUUUAAUUUUAUUAUUCUACCGCCUUGCAUUUUGAAUUGCAUAGGGGAAGAAACACAUAAAAGAAUACUCCCCCGCCCUGCCCCCCUAGUUGAUUGUCGAAAAAAAAAAGAUGUAGCAUGAUGAUUUUUUGCCUGUGACCAACGGAAUUACAUUUUACGUUUGAAAGAACUCUCCGUGUGAACGCUGUCAACCCAACAGAUAUGGAUACAAGAUUCAAAGUACGGUCAACCCCUCGCAUCACACGCGAAGUCCAUUUCCUCCAUUGCUGAUGGUUCUCUCCAAGGCCGCAAUGUGCCGCAGAGCACGGUCGCUUGGGCUUCUGAAAAGAAGCUGAGUACAGUAUUCAUUUUGCGCAUCUGCCUUUCUAUUCAAACCAACUGAAAACAUCGUUUAAUUCCAGGUGCUCUGGUCUAGCUUUCGUUACAGCCACUGUGGCUCCCAGUUACUUCUUCAUCACCCUGGUCUUUGUUUUCUUGCUCUGGAAAGAGGACAAGGAAAACCUCGGUCUUUGGAAUGAAGUGUGUUCCUUACUUGCUCAAACAGGCUUGCAAAAGAUCUGGUUGCAUUUUACAUGAAGCCUUGUUACAUGUUGUAAAGUUUUCGUUCUUAGGUCUGAAUCCACAUUUCUUACCAUUUUCUUUUUCUUUAUUUUUAUUUUUAUUUUUUUGAGAUGGAGUCUCGCUCUGUCGCUCAGGCUGGAGCGCAGUGGCGGGAUCUUGGCUCACUGCCACCUCUGCCUCCUGGGUUCAAGCAAUUCUCCUGCUUCAGCCUCCCGAGUAGCUGGGACUACAGGCGCCCGCCACCACGCCUGGCUAAUUUUUAUAUUUUUAGUAGAGACGGGGUUUCGCCAUGUUGGUCAGGCUGGUCUCGAACUCCUGACCUCAGGUGAUCCGCCCACCUCGACCCCCCAAAGUGCUGGGAUUACAGGCAUGAGCCACCACACCCGGCCACCAUUUUCUACUGUGUUUUCUUACCACAGAGCUGGGCUGAGUAGGUAUUUAAAUAAGGGGCUAAUGCCUCUAUUGUUAUUUCUAGUAAGGAAAAUGGAAUCACAGGGGAGGGCACGUGCCUUGCCCGAAAUCCCCACAAUUUAGGGGAAGGGCUUUGAUCACAUCCUGUUGCUUCUGUUUCAAUUUGUACAAAUAAAAGAGAAGCAACCGUAUCUAAUCUGUAAGAUAGUUUUUUUUAUUUUUUAUUUUUUAAUUUUUUAAAAAGGGAGGCAGAUGACCAGGCGUGGUGGCUCACACCUGUAAUCCCAGCACUCUGGGAGGCCAAGGCAGGUGGAUCACGAGGUCAAGAGAUCAAGACCAUCCUGGCCAACAUGGUGAAACCCCGUCUCUACUAAACAUACAAAAAUUAGCUGGGCGUGGUGGCGCGUGCCUGUAAUCCCAGCUACUUGGGUGGCUGAGGCAGGAGAAUUGCUUGAACCUGGGAGGCGGAGGUUGCAGUGAGCUGAGACCGUGCCACUGCACUCCAGCCUGGGCGACAGAGCGAGACUCCAUCUCAAAAAAAGACAGAAGUACAUCUAAUUGCUGUUAGAUUUAGGAUAAGAACGAAGACUGAUCUGCUUCCUGCUGACAGGGGGUGCCAUUUUGGGGAAACGGCAAUCAGAGCUCCCUCAGAGGCCUACGUAAGGGUCCCUGGCAGAAGGGGCUAUUGUCAGAGGUUCUGGUUGCAUGACCGCUUGGAGUUUGAUGGCCUGAAGGCAAGAACAGACAAAUGGGGUUAUUAGAAAACGUGUAUCAAUACGAAACAAGUGCAGGGGUAAGGACAACUCAGAAAUUCCGAGGCAUUUUACCAGUUUGCACAGGGAGAGGGAGGCCAAAAGCCUAACUAACUGGUUAAAAAAACUUUACCCUUUUGCCGGCAUGUUGGGCUUCUGGGUUUCCUUCCCCUGAACCCAGUCCUAAGCCAACCAGUUUAAGGUUUGGGAAAUUAACUCUUUCCAGUUUGGAGGAUGCAUCUGAGGGGAGGGUCCCAUAGUACAGAGACACAAUUACCUAUCAGUGAAGAGAGGACAGAGAAAAAGAAAGGAAAAAAAGAAGGCAUUUUUUCAAAGGAGUCCCAGGGAUUCAGGAUGCAUUCUAAAGGGGCACAGACUGAAGAUGAAGGGCUACUCAUCUAGAAAGAGAGGAGCAGGUAUCCCUGGCUCCCUUCUCUUCCUAACAGAUACCCGGGGUACUUGAGGGAGAAGGGGAAGAGCAUCCUCUUUCCCUCUUCCAUCCUUGCAUUCCUCGAGUCCCGGUGACCUUGGCAGGUCCUGCCAUGAGUGCUAAAGCGACUUGCACCCAUGAAGCAGGGAGGGCCUAGAGAAUAGAAACUAUCUGCUCUCACCUGUGUCUCUUUCCGACCUGCUGUCAGUAGCCUUGGAGUUCCCUGGACCUCAUUUAUGCCAUGGAUAUUAAUGUGGCCUUUAUCCAUGAAACAGGAAGCUUGGGCUUGGCUUAAUCAGCAGGAAUCAACCACCCUCACCUGCGCUGUGCCUUUUAACUUCUGUUUUUGUCUGCAUCUGGAUCUCUUAGAUCCAGUUUUCUUUUAUAGGGCUUUGACCCAAAGCUUGGAAUUGAGUUUAGGAUAAAAAUAUGUCUCUGGGGGGUUGCAUGGACUCCUUAUCAUAAGCUGAAUGCUAAGGUGAAGAUGUGGAACUGAGUCCUCCAACAAGAGAGAAGAAAGGAUGUCUUGUGACACACCCAGAUAACCGGUAGCUAUAGUUAUGCUUUCUGGGAUUUGGCUGCAUGCCACUUGGCUUUGGUUAGCUACCUUGGUUUUACUUUCCCCCCAAAAAGCCUCUGGGUGAUGGACAUCCUAUUUAUUCCCAUCACCUGGCAGGAUUUGCAGGAUAACUGCUCAGAACUAGAAUAUUGAUCCAGAUUUUUACAUUUCCCAUCCCUCUUGUUCUUUCUGAGCUGCAGCUGGAGAUUGCUGGUUGGUUCACAGGAAGAAGCAGGGUUAGUCUAAAAUGUAGGCAAAAACUUAAAAACAACUAGUGAGUUUAGAAUUUAAUGACAAAUAUAAGCUUGGAAACAUGAUUUCUCUCUCUCCAGUCCUCAUGUUUGUUAAAAAAACAAAUGAUCAUAGGACUGAAUGGUUCGCAAAAUAAACUUUAGUCUUAUUCUUGGCUUGAUUAUUUGGAUAAAGUGCAGCAAGAAUAAUUAUUUCUACAUAGGCCUUUUGGAUUGGCUUUGAUGGAAGUUUGUUCCACAAGAAGUCUCAGAUAAGACCUUCUAAAGCUGAGCCCAACCAUGGGUUUGUAUCCUCAAACACCUGUGAGUUGGAUGAUUUUCUCCUCUUAAGGUCCCAAGAUAAACUUGGAGCUCCUAGACCUGUUAGACCUGUUAGAAAGUGACAUUCCACAGGUCAGGAACCCUGUACAGGGACUGCAUAGAUGAGCGUAUGAGGCCAGUUUCCCCCAUGGGGCUUUUAUCGGCUCUGCGAAUCGAGAUUGACUCCUUAAAGGGAAGCAUACCCUUCCAGUCAAAGCCUUGGUAAAAUAAUCACUUUCUCCAAUUGUGUCCUGUUGCAAAAGAAAAAUGGAUUCCUAUUGCACUGAUGCAAACAACUAUAUUGCCAUAAGAAUACUCAUAGAUAGUUUCCAAAUUCUAGAGGAACCAGGCAGAGAGAAACAAACAUGCUCCACGUUUUCGUUCAUAGGAGUAUACCUUACUCAAUUUCUAAAGGCCAUAAUCGUUCAAAACAAGUUUCCUUGACUAUGAAAAACAAAACAAGGAUGAACAAUAUUCCAAGAAAAAGUCAAAAAGUUUACUUCAGCUUCAUGAGCUCAGCUUAUUUAGUUAACUCCAGUUUUGUUUGAUAUUUGUGAACAUUUCUGCUUUUUGUGAGUCCUGUACAUUUUCCUUUAUUCCAAUGUCACAGUCUCCAAAGUUAUCAAACCUGAUUGUCUCAAAUACAAUCAGAAAUUGUAUCUGAAAGCACCUGUCAGAGUCUUAUACCCUGUUAUAAACCAUCUUUUGAAAAGGAUUAAAACAAGACAACAAUUGUCUAUGAACAGCAGAAUGUCCAGAGUAGUUACAGUUAGAAACACAAUUGACAAAGAAGUUUGGUUAUCUCUGUGGUUUACAAUAACUUAACAUAAAAACCUUAAUUAUGGUUGAUAGCAUAUACUCAGACAUUAGAAUUUUAGAAAUCCCGUACAAUUUUGGAACAUAUAUUAGCAUUAUUCACCAAGAUAUAACCUAAAGAAGAUUGAGCAUCAUUUUGGCAAUCCCAUGUACCUAAACAUGUCAAAUAAUCCUGUUUACUUCUCUUUUCUGGACACUCCAGGGGCCCUCUGAAGUAUUCAAAAAGCAAGAUGUCAGGAAAGACAAUUUUGAAACUGAAGUUUGAUUUUGGGAAGGCUAGUAAAUGUUUGAGGUUUAAAACAUUUGCUAUUAUGAAAUAGAGUUCCAGAUUACUAUAAGUUAUUUAUUUUGCCAAAGUGAUGACUUAGAAAUUUAAAGAAACAAAAAGCUUUUAUAAACCUUUAUAAAUUUUGCCAAAGAGCAGAUUAGUAUUUUAAGAAUUCCUUGUUGUGUUUUUAUUUCAAUACUCAAUUUACAGAAAAACCAUAUGUUUGAAAUGUUUGUUCCCUGGUGCCGUAAAGAAAGAGCACUUGAACAUAAAUUUAAUUUUCUCAGCAAGGCCAUUUUUAUAUUUUUGGCAGAAAAGUUACACUUGCCAGCAGUUUUGCCAUGAGAGUAUAUUGAACAAAGGAGACAGGGUCAUUUAUAACCUGACGCGUCCACCCUACUGCUGUGUCUGGUUUUCAUUGGCAGGAACAGGACCUUACGUUUUGUAUUUGUCCUGAUUGGCUAGCAACUUAGAACUUUUUAAAAGAGGCAAAGACAGAGGAGAAUAAAGGAAGGAAGAAGUAACUUGUGGAAUGCUGAGAAAGGUAAAAACACCUUUAAAUAAAGAAGAGGAACAGGCUAUGACCUAAUGCUUGCUUGAACCAGUAUGAGCAUGCCAAGGCAAAUAUUUAGGCUAAACUGUGGGACCUAAGAACAUGAAGUAUAUUGACUUUUUUAUUACGGCUAGCAGCUAUUUAAGAAUGUUAGCACAGGUCUUUGAAUAAAUUUUGAUUUUUUUUUUUUUUCUUUUUGAGACGGAGUCUUGCUCUGUCACCCAGCCUGGAGUGCAGUGGCGCAAUCUUGGCCCACUGCAAGCUCUGCCUCCCAGAUUCAUGCCAUUCUCCUGCCUCAGCCUCCUGAGUAGCUGGGACUACAGGUACCCGCCACCACGCCUGGCUAAUUUUUUGUGUGUUUUUAGUAGUGACAGGGUUUCACCAUGUUAGCCAGGAUGGUCUCAAUCUCCUGAUCUCGUGAUCCACCUGCCUUGGCCUCCCAAAGUGCUGGGAUUACAGGCGUGAGCCACCGUGCCCGGCCUAAAUUUUGUUUUUAAGAGAAGUUACUAUUUAUUCCUAAUUAGAUGGAAGGGAAAGUUUUUGAAGAGGAAUCUUUGCUUUUUACAGGUAUAAUACUCUUGAAUUUAGCUAAUAUGUUUGCAUAGAGACCCUCUUCUGCAAGAUUAACUUCCACAGUUCUUCCACUUGUUCUUCAAACCUUCAGCUUCUUCCUAAUUUAACUCAAAACAAUCUUUAAACCCUAGGUAAAGGUUUACAUUUCCAUGUCUUCUUAUAACUUUUCACCAAAAAAACACAUUUUACUGUUCUUACACACCUUGCAUGUAAAUCUAUUUCUGGUAGUUUCAAUUAACUCCUAGCAAUUUUUAACUUUAAGGUAAAACUUGGUAACUUGCUUUAAUUGUGUGCUAAGUGCAGCCAAGGUUUGACUCCAGCAUAAUUAAGGGCAUAGCUAGUUCCAUGUCCUCAGUCCCUACCAGUUGUGAAGCUGACAAGUCAAAUAGUUCUCAAAACCCCAAAAGCAGUUUGUAACCUCAAAACAGUUAGCAAACCUUGCAUCGGACCUGCAUUUUACCAAUAGUCUUUAGGGCUGUUUUUAUUUGUUAAUGAUUAAAGUCACGUGAACUGAAAGGUACCACAGCUUUUAACUUCCCUUUAAAAAAUAUUAGAUCCAAGUGCUUGUCUUUCUUUAGACUAAAUUAGUUAGAACUCUUUUUCCAGGCAUCACACACAGUACAGGCAAAAGAGAACCCAGUCGCUGAGUGGGAACCUUUAAGAGACAGGGCUAAGAAAACAUGGAGGUAUCAAAACUGAGAGGGCUGUUCCCCUCAGGCAGGGUUGCUAAACAAAGCCUUGCCAAGCAAUUACCAGCCAUGCCCCCAGGGUGUAAAGCAAGAUGGAAGCUUGCAACAUAAACCAUGCAGACAAGCAAAGCACACCAGAUUGACCACAGCCCAAGACUAGCCCCACAAAUCCUUUUUCACAAUUAAAACUUUACAGAAAAUACAAACAGUUGUAGUUGCAGGGAGCCUGGACUAGUAAAGUGUCUUCUAAAAGAAAAAAACUCUAAAGGUUAACUUGUUGACCAGGUAGAUAAGGGGAAAGAAAAAAAAAACAGUUUAAAAAUGCCUAGGGAAGAACUUCUUAUUCUUAUGCAAGUGGUUCCUCCACUGGGAAGAGAAGUUUAAGCUUAAUUACUGUCCAAUAGAGUUAAACCCCUUGACCAUGGAUGGAGAAGGCUACGGCAGCAGCAUGUGGCUGGGAACCAGCCAGCCAGCUGUGCAGGACUCUUGGGCCAUACUUCCCAGGCCUGGCAGGGCGGGGAGAUGCUGCUCUGUGGUGGGUCCUGAAAAAGGAAGGAAAAGGGCAUGAAAAGGCCCAGGAGUGAUGGGAAAGAGGGGAUGGGGGUGUGGAAAAGGCUUAGAAGCAGCAAUGAGAGGUUUUGAGUCCCCGUUUCACUCACUGCUUCUCGAGCCCCACGUUGGGCGCCAAAAAUGUUGCAGGACUUUUCUUUAGUUCAGCUAAAGGUGGGGUUCUUUGAAAAUUCAGGCUCGCAGACAAUUUGAAUGGUGAGUGAGAGAGGAUUUUAUUGAAUGAAAAGGAAGCAAAGGGGGAAACAGGGACUCUUACUAGGCCAGGGUCCCUGCUAGAGUGUUUCUCCCCCACAGCUCAAAUUCCAGGCUCCAUGCAGGAAGAGGAGGGGCCAAGCUCAGGCUCUCCCUGCUGCAAACGUCUUGAACUUCCUGAGGCUGCACCUCAGUGGGGAGGCUAGUUGGAGUUUCUCCAGGGACCCCUUCCCACCUGGCUGUCUCAUCAUCAGGUGACCCCUCUUCUCAUCCCAAAGCACUGAGCUUUUGUCUAUAAAUUACAAAUUUUAUCAGGAAUUCCAGCAACAUAUUGAAACUAAAAAUAAAAACAAACCACUGGGGGUAUUUUUAAAACUUCAAAUCAAGUAAUCUAUUUAUACCAAAAAUGUCAUCAUCAUUAUAAUACUCAUUUGUUUGUUAUAGUUAUUAUUUUAUCUACUGCAUGAUAACCUUAAAAAGUAGUUGUGAUCACUCCCAUUUUCAGAUGAGGAAACUGGGGUUUGAAGAAGCACAAUCCUUUUUGAAAAUCCCCCCCAGCUCUUGUGUCUCCAAAGCCUGGCCUUCCUCACUAUCUUACAGUCUGCCUUCUGACAGUUUCUGUAAUCUGCAAGGCUCACCAUGUAGCUGGUGCCACAGUGGCAUUUUCAGAGGGGUGCUGCUUCCUGCAGAAUGCACUUGACGUCGGGUAGCACAGCAGGGUGCGGUAAUGGUGACAAGAAUCAGCUGCAGUGUGGUUUCGAUGUUUUCCAACAAACAUUCCUCCAAGUGUGGGAGCAGGGAGCACAGGCCAUGCCACCAUCUCCAGUGGGUACAGUUCUACUUGGUAAUUAGACAAAAGAUUUGGGCAGACACGGUUUUGCAUCUGCACCCCAUAAUGAAUGUGGGGGCAGUUCUGAAUUCAGGGACAGGAGGAAACCAUAAUAUAUUCAUUCAUUGUAAUUACUUGGGGGUAGUUCUUGCAGGUAGUUCUUUUGCUAACCCCCACGGUACAGGCUGGGUCCGAGGCAAGCUUCCUGGGCCUGUGGGUAGAGUUCUAGUUCGGUUUCAGGAGCAAAAUCACUCUGGGUAACUCCUAUCUUUAUGCCGGUGGCUCCUUCCAGUUCCCAGUCUGGCCUGCUCUUCUUGUGUGGACCCAGAACCCCAGCUCAGCUGGUUAAACUUAUAUUUGACUUUGCUGGGCCUUGGACUGUUUAUGAGACUUUAGCUAUGGCUCACUGAUCUGUGUUAUCCCUUUAUUUCUGGGCUUUCUGUUUGGUUUUGAGCUCAGUUAGGUAAUAGAAUUCCUUUUUUUUUUUUUUUUUUUUUUUUUUUUUUUUAGACAAGGUCUUGCUCUGUUGCUUAGGGUGGAGUGCAGUGGCACAAUCAUGGCUUACUGCAGCCUUGACCUCCUGGACUCAGGUGAUCCUUCCACCUCAGCCUCCUGAGUAGCUGGGACUACAGACACCGGCUACCAUGCCUGACUAAUUUGUUUUUAUUUUUUGGUAGAGACGAGUUCUCACUAUAUUGCCCAGGCUGGUCUCAAACUCCUGGACUCAGGUGAUCCUCUGCCUCCUGAAGUGCUGGGAUUACAGUCAUGAGCCAUCGCACCUGGCCUGUAACACAAUUCUUGUGUUUCAUUCUCUUUCUCUGGUGGCUGGAUUUUGGGAAUUUCACCAGAUUAUGCCCAAGUGGGAUUCUCUUUUUUGCUUUUCAAAUUAUUAUUAUUAUACUUGCUUGGUACUUAUAGUUUACAUUCUGGUCCCCAAAUUGGUUUUUAUUCAAUUAAGGAGCAUUUUCUUCUAUUUGUUUGUUAAGUUUGUUUCUUCAUAUCUUUCCCUGCCUUUUUUUCAGGAAUGCCUGAUAUUCAAUACUCAAUAGUCAAUAUUCUCACAGUAGCUGAUAUUCUCGAAGCUGUAUUCCUGUCUCUUAUAUUUUUAUUUAUGAUUUUCACUUCACUGAAUUUUUGCUCCAUAUUCUGAGACAGUUUCUCUCUGAUCAUUCAGAUCAGAUUGUUUAUGGGUACCAUCAGGAGAUGGGUUAAGGCUGAGGGAUGGAUGGAACUCUGCAUUUUUCAUGCUCAUUGUUCAGGGAUGGUUUACAUCUGGAUGGCAACAGGAUCCCAAAUCCCUUGUUGGGGAUGCUACUUUGGUAAGGGUGCAGCUUCAUACUCUGAGUCUGACCCCAGAUGGCAUUUCCAAUCUGAUGGAUCCCAGGAUGAAUUUAGCUUCUAGAGGCAGUAGCAGUACGGACAGUUUUGAAGUUGAGUUUAUCCUUUGACCCUCUUGGUUAUUUGUUGGACUCAGUUCUCUCUGCUGCUUAAAGGACCCCCAUUUGCUCAUCACCCUGCAGCCUGUUCUGGUUAUUGUCACUGUUUGUCUCUGGGUCAACUUCUUCACAAGCCUGUGAGUUCCAUCCACCUUUGCACCUGUUUUAGUCCACUCAGGCUGCCAUAACAGGAUACCACACACAGACUGGGGGGCUUAAACAACAGACAUUUAUUUUCUCACAGUCCUGGGCACUGACAGUCCAGAUCAAGGUGUUGGCAGGUUUGGUUUCUCCUGAGGCCUCUCUCCCUGGCUUGCAGAUGGCUGCUUUCUUAUUUAUUUAUUUAUUUAUUUAUUUAUUUAUUUAUCUUUGAGACGGAGUCCAUUAUGUCUCCAGGCUGGAGUGCAGUGUGCAGUGGUGUGAUCUUGGCUCACUGCUAACUCCACCUCCUGGGUUCAAGUGAUUCCCCUGCCUCAGCCUCCCGAGUAGCUGGGACUAUAGGUGUGCGCCACCAUGCCCAGCUAAUUUUUUUUUUUUUUUUGAGACAGAGUCUUGCUCUGUUGCCCAGGCUAGAGUGCAAUGGUGCAAUCUCAGCUCACUGCCAGCUCUGCCUCCCGGGUUCAUGCCAUUCUCCUGCCUCAGCCUCCCGGGUAGCUAGGACCACAGGUGCCUGCCACCACGCCCAGGUAAUUUUUUUGUAUUUUUAGUAGAGACGGGGUUUCACCGUGUUAGCCAGGAUGGUCUUGAUCUCCUGACCUCGUGAUCUGCCCGCCUCAGCCUCCCAAAGUGCUGGGAUUACAGGCAUGAGCCACUGUGCCCGGCCUAAUUUUUUCUGUAUUUUAGUAGAGACGGGGUUUCGCCAUGUUGGCCAGGAUGGUCUUGAUCUCCUGACCUCAUGAUGUGCCUGCCUCAGCCUCCCAAAGUACUGUAAUAACAGACGUGAGCCACCACACCCGGCCAUGUCUUCUUGCUGUGUCCUCAUGUGGUCUUUCCUCUGAGUGCUGUACUCCCGAUGUCUCUUUCUGCUGUGUCCAAGUUUCCUCUUCUUCUUCUUCUUUUUUUUUUUUUUGAUACAGAGUGUUGCUCUGUUGCCCAGGCUGGAGUGCAGUGGUAUAAUCUGCAACCUCCACCUCCCGGGUUCAAGCGAUUCCCCUGCCUCAGCCUCCCGAGUAACUGGGACUACAGGUGCAUGCCACCACGCCUGGUUAAUUUUUUUGUAUUUUUUGUAGAGGUGAGGUUUCACUGUGUUGACCAGGCUGGUCUCAAACUCCUGACUUCAAGUGGUCCACCCACUUCGGCCUCUGAAAGUGCUGGGACUACAGGUGUGAACCAGUGUGCCCAGCCAAGUUUCUUCUUAUAAAACACCAAUCAGAUUGGAUUAGGGCCCACCAUAACGACCUCAUUUAACCAUAAUUGCCUUUUUAGAGACAUUGUCCCCAAAUAUAGUCACAUUCUUAGGUACCAGGGGUAAGGGCUUCAACAUAAUGAAUUUUGGGGAGACACAAUUCAGUCUAUAACACACUCCUAGAGCUUAGUGUAGGCUUGGCUUAUAGUAGGUGCCCAGUAAAUGUUGAGGGCCUGAUUGACGCUUUCCCAAAUGUAUUCUCUUUCCCCAUUUUGAUUUUCAAGCAAAUUGUGAUGCCUAGGAUGGCAUCACAUUUUUUCUUUGUCUUUUAUUUAUUUUUACACAGGGUCUCACUCUGUUGCCCAGGCUGUAGUGCAGUGAUAUAAUCUCAGCUCGCUGCAACCUCUGUCUCUCAGGCUCAAGCGAUUCUCCCACCUUGGCUUCCUGAGUAGCUGAGACUACAAGAGCACACCCUCCACACCCAGCUAAUUUUUAAACUUUUUGUAGAAACAGGAUUUCAAUAUGUUGCCCGUCCUGGUCUUGAACACCUGGGCUCGAGAUAUCCAUCUACCUUGGCCUCCCAAAAUGUUGAGAUUACAGGCGUGAGCCACUGUGCCCAGCCCAAAUUUUUUCUUAUGCUAAAUUAAGAACUAUUACUAUCUCUUAUUGCCUAUUUUCAGUUUAUCCUUAGCCAGUCAUUUUUUGCAAGCAAUUCUAUAGUGUGUGGAUACAUGGUCUUUAGUUUUUCUUCUAUUUCAUGGUGAAGAGAUGAGCUCUAUGCCUGUGGUCAGUUUCAGCUGAUAGUCUCUGUGGCAAGGCCACUGAAUUUUUCACAACAGGCCUGUGUGUGUUUCUCUAUGGGGAUUUGAAUUGUAUUAUAGCAUGCUGGAUUUACCUUCUUGGGAAUUUAGUUUCUUUUUUAUUUCUAAACAUGUUUUCUCCAUUUCAUUGUAUUUAUUCUUGUGCUCUGCCUUAAGCUCUGACAAAUUUGAAUUUUUCAAAAGCACAGAGAAAUGCUUUAUGUCAGUUAUUUGCAGGUGUUCUUCUAGUUUAUAAUAAUAACAAAAAGAUGGAAUUAAACAUCUUUUCCUUUGGCUAUUCCAUUCUUUUGCAUUCUUCAUUUUUGUAUUUUGCUUUGUCUCCUCAUUGAAUUUUUGAUCUCUGAAAUAGCAAUUUAAAAUAACUAUCCAAUGGUGUAUGUACCCACAACAGUUUCUUGCCAAGCAUGCAAAAUGAAUGGAUUCCUUAUUCACAUGUUAAAUGCCUACAUAGCAGAGUCUAUGUAUAGCACUGAGACGGAAGUCUGGAAUUGGGUCCUAUGAGGGAUAUCAUCAAGAUGACAGCUUCCAGUGCAUUUAGAAUUUCAUUGAAUGUAAUAGUUCACCAAUGCUAUCUAAUAAAACAAUGUGAUUCUCUUCUUUACAUGGCCUCAAGAGCCCAUAGAAAUUCACGUUCUGGCUAUUCUGAACUUCUUGCAAUGACCCACACUUUCUUUUUUCUUUUUUUUGUUUUUGAGAUGGAGUCUCACUCUCUCGCCCAGGCUAGAGUACAGUGGUUUGAUCUGGGCUCACUGCAACCUCUGCCUCCUGGGUUCAAGCGAUUCUUGUACCUCAGCCUCCCAAGUAGCUGGGAUUACAGGCACAUACCAUCAUGCCCAGCUAAUUUUUUUUUAUUUUUAGUAGGAACGGGGUUUCACCAUGUUGGCCAGGCUGGUCUUGAACUCCUGACCUCAGGUGUUCCACCCGCUUCAACCUCCCAAAGUGCUCGGAUUACAGGGGUGAGCCACCGUGCCCAGACCAUGACUCACAUUUUCUAUGCUCUGGUUGUUUUCUGGCUUGUAAACAUGGCUUUUGCCUGCUGAGAACACUUUUCCUCCCCUGCUCACUGGGAAGCCUUCCUGAACCCAAACUAGCCUAGGUCCUCUUCAAGCUCUCUUCAGGAGCUUCCAAAAAUCCUUGCUCCUUCUCCUGAGCAUGUACUUGUUUGCAAGUGAUUGUUGAUAUGUCUCUUCCUUACUUUUGGCUAAGGGUUCUUUCUGUGCCAUGGACCAUCCUAGGCAGCUGAUGAAGUCUAUGGAUCUUUUGCCAGAGUUAUGUUUUAAAUGCAUAAAAUAAAACACACUGGGUUCUAGUUCAGGGCAAGUUGGAGUAAGCACACUCCACCCUGACUCCCGGUGAAUGUUGCUAUAAAACCCAUACAAGAAUGUAUGGAAUAGCUACUUAAAGACUCUGAAAAGCAAAGGGUAGCCAGCAAAUUGGUAAAGAAGACAGAACUCAAGUACCGCUGAACUGGUGGUGAGUUACCAUUUUUCCCCCCUCCAGAAUCACCUGGUCUGGAUUCAGUGCAGUCUGAAAACCCGGAAGUGGGCACUGGUGCAGACAGAGAGCCCCAGAGGAGCCCCCUAGUCUGGCUUGAAGGAGCAGAAAGGAAGUCUCCUAAUACUUAGAAGGAGUGAAGAAACCCCCCGUUUUGUUUUGCUUUUUCUUUUCUUCAUUCUCUGGUGUCCCAGCGCCCAGGCACUCCUGUGGUAGUAGGGGCACAAGAGCUCACAGGAGCCCAAAACUCUGAGGCAGGAGAAUCUUUCCUGAAUCAGAGGAGCUGCUGUCCCAAGAGAGUGAAGAAAAUCCCUAAUGCUUUUUUUUCCCACUCUGUUAUCCUACUGCUUUUCCCUGGACACAGAUACAGUUGUGGGAAGUAUAUAGCAGAACAGGCUAAGUAAAGCCCCGGCUUUCUGGCCAGAUGACCAAAAAAUUGAGCUCCUGGGAACAGGAAAGUACUAGGAAGUGGGAAGAGCUGGGAAAAGCAACGCUAUAAAGUUGUUUAUGAACUUCUAGACUUACCCCUGGGAUAUACACGAAUAGAACUUACCCUAAAUAACAUAGACAGACUAAGAGAACUGAACUACAAAAUAAACCAUUGCCCAGGUCUCAGACUGGUCACUGGAUAGUGUACAUAUACAAAGGGAUAGAUCUGAAGUAUUGGAAAACAGAACUGAUAUUGGAACCAUAAUCCAUAGAAGACCAAUGGGACUUGUGACCUGAACUCAGCCAGAUCGAUUUCCUACUUUAAAAACAAGCAAAACAAAACAAUAUUCUCUAUAGGAUUUAGAUAAGAUCUAGAGUCUUAUAAUCAUCAAAAUAUCCAGGAUACAAUCAAUAAUUACUCAACACAUAUGAAGACUUGGUAAAAUUUCAACUAGUAUGGAAAACGACAAUCAACACGCCAAUGCUGAGAUGACACAGAAUUUAAAGCAGCUAUUAUAAAAUACUUGAACAUAUAAGGGCAGACAUUCUUGAAAUAAAUAAAAAAAAGUCUUAGAAAAGAGAUAGAAGAUAUAAAGCAGAACCAAAAGGGAAUUUCAGAAAUGAAAAAUACUAUAACUGAAAUAAAAAUCUCACUGGAUGGACUCAUUGGCAGAAUGAAGACAACAAAGAAGAGUGAGUGAAUUUCGAUAUAGAUCAAUAGAAAUUAUGAAACCUGAACAAUAUGGAGAAAACAGAUAGAAAAAUAAGAGAACCAAGCUUUAUGAACCCGCCUGGAAAUACCAAAAGUCUAACACUGUUGUAAUAGCAUUCGUAGAAAGAAAUGAGAAAAUAUGUGGUACCUUAAAAAAAUUCAAAGAAAUAAUGGCUGAGGCCAGGCAUGGUGGUUCACACCUGUAAUCCCAGCACUUUGGGAAGCUGAGGUGGGUGGAUCACCUGAGGUCAGGAGUUCAAGACCAGCCUGGCCAACAUGGCAAAACCCCAUCUCUACUAAAAAAUACAAAAAUUAGCCAGCCAUCAUGGCGGGCACCUGUAAUCCCAGCUACUCAGGACACUGAGGCAGGGAGAAUUGCUUGGAUCUGGGAGGCAGUGGUUACAGUGGGCAAAGAUCGCGCCAUUACACUCCAGCCUGGGCAACACAGUGAGACUCCAUCUCAACAACAACAACAACAACAACAACAACAACAACAACAACACGGCUGAAAGUUUCUCAAAUUUGGAGAAAAACAGAAACUUACAGAGUCAAGAAUCCCAGGAAAUCUCAAAUAGAAUAAACCCAAAGAAAUCCAUGCCCAAACACAUUCUUAUUAACUGCUGCAAACUAAAGAAAACAUAUUUCCAGUAGCCAGAGAAAAACAGCACAUUACUUAUAGGGCAACAUAAUUCAAAUAGCAACAGAUUUUACAGAAGGAAAUAGAACAUGUUUUAAGUGCUAGAAGAAAAGAACUGUCAAACUACAAUUCUAUAUUCAGUAAAAAUAUCCUUCAGGAAUGAAGAUAAAAUAAAGACAUUCCCAGGUGGAGAAAAAUGAAGACUUCGUUGUCACCAGCACUAUUGUUACAGGAAGUUCUUCAGGCAGAUGGGAAAUGACACCAGAAGAAGAUAUGAAGAGCAACAAAAAUGACAGAUACCUGGGCAAACAUAAUAGACUGUUCUUCUUCUCUUGAGUUCUUUAAAAUAUAUUUGAUGGUAGAAAGCAAAAAUUAUAACAUCGUCUAGUGGGGUUUUCAAUGUAUGUUGAUAUAACAAAUAAGACAACCACAACAUAAAGGAGGAUGGGUAAAGAAACCCAUAUAUGGUGGUAAUAUAUCACUUGAAGUGGUAAAAUAUACACUGACUGUAAAAAGUUAAGAAUAUAUAUUUUAAUCCCUAGAGCAACUACUUAGAAAUUACACAAAGGGAUAGUCAACAAAAAUGCAAUAGGUAAAAUAGAUAACUAACAAAUGUUUAACCAAAAAGAAAGCAAACAAAGGGAAAACAUAGAAACUGAAAAUACACAGACAAACAGUAAACAAACAAUAAAAUGAUAGGCUUAAAUAAAAACAUCAGUAAUUACAUUAAAUGUAAAUGGAUCAAACAUACUAAUUAAAAGAUAGAUUUUUAGAAUGGAUUUCAAAAAAUGACUCAAUUAUAUACUGUCUAUAAGUAUAUAAUUAAUACAAGUGUGUCAGUUGUACUCACUUCAAGUAUAAUGACAUAAGUGGGCUAAAAGUAAAGCAAUAUAUAUUCAAAAGAUGUAUAUUAUUAAUGAGAAUGAAGGUAGAGUAUCUAUAGUAAUAUCAGACAAAGUGGACUUCAGAGCAAAGAAAAUUACCAGGGAUAAAAAGGGGCAAUACCUAAUACAUUUCAUCAAGAGAACACAACAAUCCUAAAUCUGUAUGUAUCAAACAGCAAAGCUUGAAAGUACAUGAAGGAAAAACUCACAGAACUGAGAUAAGAAAUACACAAAUUCAUAAUUAUAGUUGGAAACUUCAACAUUCCUCUCUCAGUGAUCAAUAGAACUUAGUAAACAGAAAGUCAGCAAGUGUAUAGUAUAGAAAAUGGAACUAAAUGAUAAACAAUUGUUUCUAACUGACAUAGAAUACUCCACUCAGUAACAGCAGAAUACACAUUUUUCUCAAUUUCACAUGGAACUUUCACCAAGAUAGACCAUAUCUGGGGAUAUAAAACAAAUUUGUCACACAUUUAAAGAAUUGAAAUCAUACAAAGUAUGAAAAACAGAAUGAGAAGAAAAUUUACAAACCCUUAGAAAUUAAACAACACACUUGUACAUAAUCUGUAGGUCAAAGAGGAAGUCUCAGGGAAGUUAGAAAAUAUUUUGAACUGAAUGAAUAUAAAAAUAUAUCAAAAUUUGUGGGAUGCAGUUAAAGCAGUGGUUAGAUGGAAAUUUCAUCAUUACGAUGAAUUUGUAUUAGAAAAGAGAAGAGUAUCAAACCAGUAAUCUAAGCUGCUUCCACAAGAAAUUAGAAAAAGAAGAGCAAAAUAAACUCAAAAUAAGCAAAAGAAAGGAAGUAAUAAAAAUAAGUACAUAAAUUUAAAAAAUGAAAACAAUUUCAAAAACAAUACAGAAAAAUAAUGAGGAGUUCAAUAAACCUCUGGUGAGACUGGCAGAGGGAAAGACAGAACAUGAAUUACUGAUAUCAGGAAUGAAAAAAGGGUUAUCACUACACACCCUGCUCAUAAAUUUGACCAUUUAGAUAAAACGGAUGAAUUCUGCAAAAGACACAAAUUACCAAAAUUCACCCAAGAUGACAUGUAGAUAACUUGAAUAGCACUAUUAGUAUUUUAAAAAUUGAGCUUGUAUUUUAAAACCUUCUAUAAAAGGAUUCUUCAGGCCAAGAUUCUAGCACACACCAUAUAGCAUAUGCUACCAAAUAUUUAAAUAAGAAAUAUGAUAAAUUCUACCAAAUAUUUUCUAGACAUAAAAUGAACUGUACACAAUCUCUUCCAGAAAAUAGAAGAGGAGGGAGCACUUCUCAACUCAUUUUAUAAGGCCAACAUUACCCUGGUACUGGAACCAGACAGAUGGUACAAAAAGUACAAAACACUAUCCCUCAUGAACAUAUAUGCAAAAAUUCUCAACAAAAUAUUAGCAAAUAUCCAUUAAUACAUAAGUAUACAAAGAGAUAGUCAAUAAUAUUGACUAUUAGGGAAAUGCCAGCUAAAACUCUGAUGAGAUAUAACCUAUGGAAUGAGACACACCUAUUGAAUGGCAAAAAUAAAAAAUACUGACAAUACUAAGUGCUCACAAUAAUGCAAAGCAACUGGAUCUCUCAUACACUGCCAAUGGGAAUGCAAAAUUGCACAGCUACUCUAGGAUCGUCCUGCUUCAGCCUUCUGAGUAGCUAGGACUACAGGUGGGCACCACCAUGCUUGGCUAAUUUUUAGUAUUUUUUGGAGAGACAGGGUCCAGGUUGCCUGGGCUGGUCUUGAACUCCUGGCCUCAAGCUGUCCUCCUGCCUCAGUCUUCCAAAGUGCUGGGAUUACAGGUGUGAGCUAUUGUGGCUGGCCCUACUUUGCAGUUUCUUAUAAAGCUACACACACAAUUGACAUAUGACUCAGCAAUCCCAAGUGAACUGAAAACUUGUAUUCACACAAAGACCUAUGCAUGAAUGUUUAUAGCAGCUGUAUUCAUUAUCACUAAUAAGAGAAAACAACCCAAUGUCUUUCAGUGGGUCAAUGGGUAAAUAAACUGUGGUGCGUUUCUACAAUGGAAUACUACUCAAUUUAGCAAUAAAAAGGAAUGAACUAUUGACACACCCAACAACUUGGAUGAAUCUCAAAGGUAUUAUGCUGAGUAAAAGGAGCCAGUCUCAAAAGUUCUACAUACUGAAUGAUAUACUUUAUUCUCAAAAAGGUGAAACACGUGACAGAGAAGAAAUCAAUGAUUUCUCGGAGUGAGAGUUUAGUGAAGACAAUGCUGUAAUUUCUUCCCAUCUAAAUUCCUUAGACCUCAGCAUUCUAAUUAUGAACCACUUGGAGGGAGGGUCUAUGUGCCCCAAGUAAAAAGCCUGCUCUAUGCUAUAUGCUGUGUAGGAAUUGUAUCUUUUUUGUUCAUUCUUCUAUGUCCCAUGCCUAGCAGAGUAAACUGGCAUAGAGUGGGCACUCAGUUAUUCGGUGAACAAAAAAAUAAAUGAAUGGACAAACUAUGAAAUGGUUUCAACAUCCAACAAUGCAUUGAGAGCCUCUAAAAACUUUAAGAAAAAUGGACACAUUUUGUUUAACCCAACACGUGAUCAUUGUUGAUAAUUGUGGGCUGCACUCUCUCUAAUGACUCUCCUAACUGUACGCUUCUGUUUGGGCUACUGACCAGGUUUUGUCUUGUGUGAGUCUACCUGCACCAUUUCUGAGCAUUUCUCCUGCUUCUGUCCUGUAGAAGCAAAAGAAUUAGAUACACGAAUCCCUCCUCCAGAAUUAUGCAGCUACUGUCAACCAAAGAUGGUGGAUAACUGCCAAUGACGUACACGUUGGAAUUAGUGUUUGAGAUUUAUCAGACACUAACAUAUGACAGGACUUGGUGGGCGGUGCUGAGAUAAUAAUGACGCCUUGCAAAUGGGCAUCACUCAGCAUUGCAGGGAGUCCAGGGUGAGGGGCAGGACUGGCCUAGCUCAACAGAGUACUUGGCAUGAGGGGGCAACAUGGGAAAUGUAUAGGGACUCGAAAACUAUAGUUGGUAUUAGAGCCAGAGGCCCUUUGUCUCAUCCCUCACCAGGAGUAGGGGCCCUUAGAGUACUCAGUCACCAGAAAGUUCUGGGAAAGUUGUAGAGACCGAAUGAGUUGCUACACUGCUGACCCUGCCAUGUGCCAGCAAUCUCCUUGAUGGUCUCUGUGCAGUCUGUUUCACAGACCUGAAUAAAAGAUUGAGAAAGCCUAUAAUAUCUUAUUUCAUCAAGUCCGGUCUACAGUGGCUUGAUGGUAAGACCAGCCAUUAUUUUAUAUACCAAUAGGAGAGGAAAAACACUGCCAACACACUGUGACAGAUGCCUUUAAUGACAGUCCUGAAUGACAUAUGAAUCAAUGACAUCAGAUUCCUUUUAAGUUAAUCUUCGUCUCUUCUAGAGAUUUGGCAAUGAAACAAGUAACUCGGCAAUAGAAAGUAACACAGCUUGUCCAACUGGUGGGUAUCUUCCUUUGCGAGGUUUCUGGUGCACUUGAUUGUUUCUUUGCAAGAAAAUAUGGACUCCUGAUCAUUCUUUCUGUGAUAAAUGUCGUUCACUAAUACCACCUUUGCAUCCUACUGCUUGGUUUCUGUACCUUUCUGACUACAAAAUAGCUUGUUAUUUCAGUGCUGAAUCGUAGUGAAAUUUCUUUGCGGAGAUUCCUACACAGCAGUUAAACUCUGAGGUUAAGCUAACAAAUGCACAGAUCUCAAUCAAAGUGAUAACAAUGUGAACAGCUACAGCUGGGUGGAUGCACAUGGCCGAUGGCUUUUGAAAGAUACUACUGAUUAAGAUGUAUCUGGAUCUCAGCAGUGUUAGCCUGUGAAAAACUGUGCCUCUUAAAAUCUGUGGAAUACAGUAAUUCUGUCCAAUUCAGUAAUUUGGGAGGGAGAGUUCUUCUGCACUUAUGACACGUUUCUUGAACAUCCUUUGUCUGCUGGGGUAUGUUCUAGGGCUUCAAUGGGAAACAGGCUGACUCCCCUGCCCACAUGGAGCUCACACUGAGUAAGGAGAACAGACAAUAAGGGAAUAAACAGAACAAUGUUCAUGUUAUUUUAAGCGCAAGGAAGGAAAUAAACAGGAGCCUCACAGUGGGACAGGUACAGGAUGUACAUGAGCAUUUGUGAUGAGCCUUCUGAUUUCCAACUAAGUCAACACUUGGAUUUUUGUCUCUAAGAGUCACUGGCAGCCUGCAGGGCGAUCACCUGUCCCUAGGUUUGCCCAGAACUGAGGGGUUUCACGGGAUAUGAGCCUUGAAGUCCUAUAAUGGGCAGACCCAAGCAUACUAGUACAGUUCGUCCCCCUAUGGGGAUUCUAACUCAAGUUUCCUUGUAGUUUAAUAUUUUUAUUACUAUUUCCAUGUCUAAUGAAGUUUGAUACUUUAUCAUCCACUGUGGCUUUUAUUAUCUUUCACUCCCAUCUCUCUUAUUUUCAUAAAAAGAGAUUAAUUCUACAGUACAACUAAAGUCUUAUAAUUCUUAAAUGCAGUCACUCAACACCACCAGUUAAACACCUACUUAAAGUCCUUCGGGGCCUCAAUGAUAGGUCAGGGUAGCUAUCAGGGGUAAGAAGUGUCUAUCGACAGCUAGAAGAUCAGGUAGUGGCACAACCAAGCGUCCACCAAAGGCUCCAGCUGGGAGAAGGUGGGUGGUUGCUAAGCAGGGAUGAGGGCAGGGCGAGCUGCUUUGUUUUUCUAAUUUUAUUUUGUUUUGGAUGAACAAUUCCAACCAAAGGCUUUGAAGAAGAGCAAUUUUCUUUGCCUUUGAAAUGAGUUAAAGGCAAAACAACUCCAUCCUUUCAUGUUAGGAAUCAUUUUGGUAAAGUAGUGCAGCUUUCUGUUUUUUUUUUUUUUAACUAAAAGACAAGCUGAACUCUGGAUUGCAAAUGCUUUCAUGGCUAUUAGAAGUAUAGUUUGUUUGUUUUUUCUCUUUAAAACAAUGAAAUGCAAAUUCUUGGCUUUCUCUUCAAGCAAGGAGCGGCGAGGGGAAGCCACUCUGGAGGCUGGAUGCAGAUGUGUUGUUGUCAGUGACACUACAAUACUUAUUAGUUUUUGCAAAGUCCCAGUGAAUUUCAUGUUCGUUCCCUGCCUUUUUAGUCUCAAGGUUGAUGUGUAACGAUGCCUGUGCCCACUGUAAUAUUCCAAAACUACCAUGUCCUUUCCAUUCUUUCCCCCUGACCCCAUUGUAUUUCAUUUUCUUUUUCUUUUUUUAAAAUUUAAUUUAACUGAAUUUUAAGUUCAGGGAUACAUGUACAGGGCGUGCAGAUUUGUUACAUAAGUAAACGUGUGUCAUGGUGGUUUAUUGCACCUAUCAACCCAUCACCUAAGUAUUAAGCCCCACAUGCAUUAGCUAUUUAUCCUAAUGCUCUCCCUCCCCACCGCCCGCUGUGUUUCAUUUUCCUCUCAUAUCUCGUGACCACAUAAUUCCUUCUUUAAUGACAAAUUGUAUUGAAUGAGGUGGCCAGUCUUAGAAGUGCUGUAAUCUGAAAGAAAAAAAUGAAACUUUCCACUUGAUCACUCUGGUAUAUUAUUAUUUUUAAAAAGAUGGAAGUUGUCAUAUGAAAAUGGAGGCAUUAAUUCCUUAACCUAUUCCAAAACUUUAGCUCAUAUUGGCCAAGAAAACAGAAUGCGAAUGGGAAGCCGUGUUUCUGCUUGAGGCAGUAGGAAGCAGAAGGAGACCAAAAAGUCGUCUUAAUGUUAAGCAAAACUUUGAAUCAGCAUUUAAAUUAGAUAUGCUUUAACGGCUGAUGUUAUUUGAAAGCUGAAUAGCCGAUGUCAAAAAUAGAUUUCCCUUUCUUUCCAAAGUGCAGACGGGGUCCAGAAAGGGGCAGAAAUAACCACAUGCCUUUCUUGGACUCAUGACUCUUACCACCCAAAGGGUUUUCUUGUGUAGCAACCAACAAUUCCUUGGAUGGAAACACUGGAUAGGCUAGUCAUUAUUUUGAGAUUGAAGGGACUGCAGAUUCUUGGCAGACCUCUGUUGUUUUUCUAGAGUUGUAGGCAAGUAGUUGGACAAAAAGCAAGAAGCUGAUCGAUGUUGCUGGCUUUGGAUUCUUUGUGAACAAAUGAGACAAGCUGCCAGAGGGAUGCUAACACCGCCCACGUGCUGCAGCAGGACUUUGGAAGGGGAACCAGCACUGUAAUGAAGUGUUGGGUUGGCUCAAGUCUUGUCUGGACCACAAACCAUUUUUCAACCACUGGUGUGCCUUUAAAACCCAAACCAACUGUGAGAGUGGUUUUCUACUUUGAUUCUAGAUGGGAAAAUAUUUUGCUUUUUUGGUGGAUGACAGUGUCAAGUCCCAAAUGGAUUUGGUUUCAUCCUCCAGCACGCAUGCAUAUAACGUGAAACAUGCCCACACUCUGCAAGGGCCACAGCCACCCCACCAUUAUGUUCCAAGGCAAAUAUGCGUCCGCGGGUCCCCGGGAAAGUAAAGGAGUUUCACAUUGAGGAGCUGAGCCACACAGUCUAGCAGUUCUGAUGUCUCUCCAAGGCCCACAGAUCCUGGUCUACUAACUUAAGGGUAAGGUUGUAUAAAUAAGGUCAUCACUUGCUGGUUCAUUAUUUUUCUUCGUUGAUAGUAAUGCCUCCUUUUUUCUUCCUUUGUAUUUUCUGUGUCUUGCAGCCCCUUUUGUCUAAAAUAGUGAUGUACAUUCAAUGCAAAGGGCAAAUGGAACCAUUGAAAAGUACUUUUUGCAUCCAAAACAGCCAACGCUUUGGUGCCUGCUAUGUGUCAGACACUGAUUCUUCUGUCAUCCUUAUUCUACUGAUGAGGCAACUGAGGCAGCUUCAAAGAGUUCGAGUAACCUGCAGAUCACACAACUAGGAAGUAAGAGAGCUGGAACUUGACGUUGGGCUGUUGACCUCCAGAAAUGGUGUUUUUUCCAGUACUCAGUGCUGCCUCUGACUCCAUUGUGAUGGUUGAUUUUAUGUGUCAACUUGACUGGGCCCAGGGGUACCCAGAUAUUUGGUCAAACAUUAUUCUGGGUGUUUCUGUGAGGGUGUUUUGGGUGAGAUUAACAUUUAAAUUGGUAGACUGAGUAAAGCAGAUGGCCCUCUAUGAUAUGGCCAGGCCUCAUCCAAUCCAUUGAAAGCCUGAAUGGAACAAAAAGGCCAACCCUCCCUCAGUAGGAGGAAAUUUCGUCUGCUUGACUGCAUUCAAACUAGGACGUCAACUUUUUCCUGCCUUUGGACUUGAAUAGAAACAUCAGCUCUUCCUAGGUCUUCAACCUGCCAGGCUUCAGAUUGAAGUUUAUACCAUCAGCUCUCUUGGUUCUUAGGCCUUUGGACCCAGACUGUAAGUGCACCAUCCGUUCUCUUGGGUCUCGCUUGCUGACUCACCCUGCAGAUUUGGGGACUUAUCAGCCUCUGUAAUUCUGUGAGCCAAUUCCUUCUAAUAGAUCUCUCUAUACGCAUCCUGUCUCACUGGAAGAACCCUGAUACGGUUAGGCUUUGUGUCCUCAUUCAAAUCUCAUCUUGAAUUGUAAAUCCCAUAAUCCCCAUAAUCCCCAUGUGUCAGGGGAGGGAUCAGGUGGAGGUAAUUGCAUCAUGGGAGCAGUUUCCCCUGUGCUCUUCUCACGAUAGUGAAAGAGUUCUCACAAGAUCUGAUGGUUUUAUAAGGUGCUCUUCCCCCUUUGCUCUGCACUUCUCCUUCCUGCUGCCUUGUGGCCUUGUGAAGAAGGUGUCUUGCUUCCCCUUUGCCCUCCUCCAUGAUUGUAAGUUUCCUGAGGCCUCCCCAGUCAUGCAGAACUGUGAGUCAAUUAAACCUCUGUCCUUUAUAAAUUACCCAGUCUCAGGCGGUUCUUUAUACCAGUGUGAGAAUGGACUAAUACAAACCCUAAUACAUCAAUUUCUUUUUUGAUCUACCAGGCAAUCCUGUGAAGUAGAUGGGUCAGGUAAUAUCAUUGCUAUUUGACAGAUGAGGGAGAACAAGACCUAGCAAAUGAACACGCAUGUGUUACAUGCUCACAUAGUCACACACAUGCUCGCAUGCGUGCCGUGCACACACACACACACACACACACACACACACAUACAGACCACACACUUCAGGACGAAGGUCAGAAUCCAGGUCUAAUCAUUUAAGUAAGUGCUUCUUCCCCAGGGUGUCCACAGAGCAGCCAGCCAUGGAGGGCAGUGCUAACUUACUUUUAAAAUGCCCUUAAUGUCCAGGAUCACGAUAGCAAGUCCCCCUUCAUGCAGAAAAAUCUGCCUCUGAGUAUCUGGGUGUGCAGAGGAGCUACUACUAUUAUUCUGUUCCUCACAUUCCAUACUGUAAGUUCCAGCUACAGAGAAUAUUGUAGCAAAGUGCUAGCAAACCUAGCACGUUCCCACCUGGAGACAGCGAAUCCAGAGAGUGGGUCCUCGAGGGUGAAAUUAUCCCCCAAACGAUUGCAUGUUGAGUGGGACAAGGAUAUCUGGCCAGUAGAAUGUCUGUAUAAGAGAAGGCAGAAAUCUCAUUAUCUUUGUUGGCUGAUGUAAAAUCUAAGGCCAUGCAAUGUGUUAAGACUGCUGUCACUUAUCCUAGGUGAUGACUCAGUCUGUUUACUUGCAAGUCUUUCUGUUUUGCAAAGCCACCCCCGCUUCAGGAUUUAGAAGAAAUAGUGUUCUCCCCCACCUGCUCUGGUCUUCACGAUAUCCACUCUGGCAGGCCAGGGCCAUAGUCGAGCUGUUAAAUAUUGAAGAUGUGUCGUCCUGAUUGUAUUUAAGUAGUAUUUCAUUGAAAGUGAGUGGAAGAUGGGAGAAGCAAUGUUUAUACAUCUUCAACUGCUCUUAUCAAGCAGACAGAAGUUCAGACGGAGGUGGCUGUGACCUUCUACUGCUGUUUAUAAGCAGCAGGGAAAUAUAUUUUGGGUUUUGGCAGCCACAAGAUCCCUGCAUAAUCCACCAGUCCUCCCCCGUACUCCCACCUCCCACCUCAAUCAUUUUUGUAUUGAAAUGUCUGUAGAAAAUGGAUGUGGAAUGGCACUAUUGUCUUGGGUAAGUAAGUUUUUCACUCAAGGCACAAAACCCCUGUCAUACACCUACCUCUGGUUCUACAGGAGCCUGUGAACUGGUGCCAGAAGAGGAAAGGCUGAGCUGAUACUGCAAAGAUGUGGCAGCAGAUGGGAACUUGUGCCUCCAAGUGGGGAGCCUUGGUUUUAAUGAAUGAAAUCUAGCAAGUUCCCAUCUGGAGAUAGUGAAUCCAGGAAGAGGAUCUUGGAUUGGACAAGUGGAUGGGAUUCAGUUUGGCCAAAGGGCCAGAAAAAACUCUCAUUCUUUAAAUGAAAACCUUCUCGUCUCUUCCAACCUCCUAGUCUUAGGACAAGAUCAUUUUUAAAAGGUCUAGUUUUGUGGCUUCACACUAUGAACUAGCUGUUGUGAGUCCCAAAGAAGAAAAGAGCAUUACUUUUUUCAUUUAAAAAGUGAGCUUCAAACUCACUAGUUCUGCCUGAAGCCAGAAGCUUCCGACUUCCACCGGCAUCUCUGUAACCGGCAUCUCUCUAAUGGGAUAAUGGGUAGUUUUCAUACUUCGAAAAGCACUGCUUUUUGUCUCUGCCGGUUGAGUAAGCUUUUGCAAGCAGGGUUGAACAAGAAACACCGUUUUGGAUGGCAAUGGUUUUAUUUACAUUAUACCCACCUAGGAGCUUGUUUUCAUGGAGGGGCUCAAAUGUGCUGGACAAUGGACUCUGAAUUAAGGAGGAGUGUGGAGAUCAUUGAAACAUUUGCUCUAGGGGAAGAAAUCAAGCAAAGAGACCUAUUCAUUCACAUUGACCUUGGAGAUAGAUAUCAAGUAAUGGGGCAAUUCAGGGCUAAUUGUUUCCUCUGGGGAGAGCAGGACUCCCAUUGGGUGUCCCAUUGGCUGUGGGUCUCUCCCUCCUGCAGUCUCAGGACCAGGAGUGUCAGAUGCCAUUCCCCAGUGGGCUGGUACCUUUGAUGGGUGCUGACAUUGUCUGGUCACAUUCCACUCCAUGAGUUGUCCUCAGCAGCCAGCCAGCCCCGGUGCCAUUGGCCAUGCCACAGUGUAACAUAGACCUGACUGUUUAAAACAGGUGGCUUUCUACUUGGGUCCCCUCUGGGAUAUUCUCAGCAUGCAAAAGGGGUUUGCACAUUCAGCAUACUUAGGCAGGCUUUAGAAAUAUUGACUUAAGUGGAAAUUGCCUCAAAAAAUACAGAUACCAGCUGGGCAUGGUGUCUCAUGCCUGUAAUCCCAGCACUUUGGGAGGCCGAGGUGGGAGGAUCACCUGAGGUCAGGAGUUCGAAACCAGCCUGGCCAACGUGGUGAAACCCCACCUCCACAAAAAUACCAAAAUUAGCCAGGCAUGAUGGCAGGUGCCUGUAAUCCCAGCUACUCAGGAGGCUGAGGUGGGAGAAUCGCUUGAACCCAGGAGGUGGGGUUUGCAGUGAGACAAGACUGUGCCAUUGCACUCCAGCCUGGGUGACAGAGUGAGAGUCAGUCUCAAAAAAAUACAGAGUGAGAGGCAGUCUCAAAAAAAUAAAAAUAAGUAAAUAAAAUACAGAUACCUCACCCCACCAUCAGAUCAAAGAAGCAGAGUCACCUGGGGAUGUGACCCAGGCAUUGGCACUUAAAAAAUCUUCCCAGGUAGGUGCAUCUGGUUUGAAAACGACUGAACGCAGGAAAUGAAAGCUAUUUCUUGGCUACGUUUGUGGGGAUUUCUUGGUCUCUGUCUCUCACUGUGGGUGGUGCAUGACAUUUGUAGGUGUGGACUAAAGGCCACAGGAGAGUGUUCAUGCCCCUGGGAGGGGUUUCAUGGUUGGUGGCCCUGUUGUUAGGGAAACGGGCAGUGCAUGGGCUAAGCCCACCUGGCAGGUGGACACAAACACACACACACUCUCAAACCCUCUUCCCGGUUGAAAAACUCUCACAUGAGUCCUGUGGUUGGGCACGCAGGGUAUCCAGGAGCCACAGAAGCUGCUGUCCCCAUGACCUCAACUUCGAGUCUGCUCUCUAAUUCUUUCUCAUCUGUAUCCUGGUUUCUCAUUGAUUAAGAAGGCAUUUAGUUGAUGCCAGUGAUGUUAAUGACUCAUCUUAUGACUCUUGGGGACUUUCUCUGCCCUGUAAAUACCACAUCCCUCUUCUACCAAAUAAAUGUUAUUAUUAUUAUUAUUAUUAUUAUUAUUAUUAUUUUUGUAGCCCAUGGCCCAGUCUAAUUAUGACAAAAAGGUUUACAAAGAGACACACUUUAAAGAUAAGGACAUGGAUGGGCUCAAGACGGUAAAGGAUGUGCUGUAUUCUGCAAACCCUAAGCAUAGAAGCAUAGAAGACUGGAAUGGCUAUCUUAAGAUCAGACAAAUCGGACUUCCAGGUAUACAGCGUAAACCGAAACAAUCCCCACAGACAUCCCCUCCCUGUCUCUCACCCCUACACCGUCUUGGUACUAGGUGCUUCAGACCCUGCAGCUGGGCUGUGUCUAUGUGAUAUGGCCUGCGUCCAAUGGUAUGGUUUGGCUGUGUCCCCACCCAAAUAUCUUGAAUUGCAGCUCCCAUAAUUCCCACUUAUUGUGGGAGGGACCUGGUGGGAGAUAACUGAAUCAUGGGGACAGUUUCCCCCACACUGUUCUUGUAGUGAAUAAGUCUCACAAGAUCUGACAGUUUUAUAAGGAGUUUUCCCUUUUGCUUGGCUCUCGUUCUCUCUUGUCUGCCACCAUGUAAGACAUGCCUUUCACUUUCUGCCAUAAUUGUGAGGCCUCCCCAGCCACGUGGAACUGUGAGUCCAUUAAACCUCUUUUUCUUUAUAAAUUACCCAGUCUUGAGUAUGUCUGUGUCAGCAGUGUGAAAAUGGACUAAUACAGACAGGCAUCUUGGUCAGUUUGCCUGGGUUGGGUGCCUCGGUUCCCACUUUGGGUGUUCCCCAGACCCUCUGAGUCUCCACAGCUGCUUCUGAUGUUGCCUGGCUCCGGAUUCUUCCUCCCUUCCUUCCCCUUCUCCUCUCAUCUCCCAGGCCUUUGGCAUAAUCUCAUCCAGGAAUUUAGUUUUUACCAAAGCCAGGAAGAAUCUUUUCAGCCAGCUGAAAUCCCUAAGGUCAGGAAGUGUGAAGCUGGGCCACCAGCCAGGAUUUGAUGUGGGUGAGAAUAAAGAGAACUGAACCCAGAUUAGUAUUUUAACAGAGGGUCCUACAAGGCCUUGACAGCGUGACACUUUCCCCAGGUGCCCACCAUCAGGGAUCAUUGUUUCUGCCUCCUGGGCUCCUCCAGGCUCUCACCUCUGUCUAGGUCAUCGCUUUGGAGGUACUAGGCUUUCUUGGCCCCUCCCGGCUCUCACCUCUGUCUAGGUCAUCGCUUUGGAGGUACUGGGCUUUCUUGGCCCCUCCCCAAACUUUAACCCGUUUAAGGCAGCCGUCACUUUUUGCAGGGCCUCCAAGCUCACUCAGAAAUCUUGUGUUGAAUGGUGCAGAGCUAAGUUGUUCACUCUGCAGUAUCAUAUUAGAAGAGAUUUGGUUUACCCUGAAUCCACUCUGACGAUGUUUGUUCGUUUGACCUUCAGGUGUGCAAGUUGGUUGUCUUCAGGGAAGAGAGCAGUUCUCACUCAACAAUCAGACAUAACUCUGUCUUAUAACAAAAUUGCACCCGUGGAGCGUCUAGGAACUCCCUACCCAAAGUGUGGUCUGUGGGCCAGCAGCACCUGCGUCAUCUGGGAACUUGUAAGAAAUGGGAUUCUUAGCCGACCCCAGACCCUGCUGCAUCAGAACCUGCAUUUUAAUGAGAUCCCAGAACCCCAGUUUUGUGGCGGGACGGGGGCAAUACAAUCCACGUGUUCUGGGCGCUUUGCAGUUGCAAGUGGAUGGCAAGCUUCCUUGUGACUUCUCAUCCUGGGUUUCACUCUUGUUGCCCAGGCUGGAGUGCAAUAGCCCGAUCUCAGCUCACUGCAACCUCCGCCUCCCGGGUUCAAGCAAUUCUGCCUCAGCCUCCUGAGUCGCUGGGAUUACAGGCAUGCGCCACCAUGCCUGGCUAAUUUAAUAUUUUUAGUAGAGAUGGGGUUUCUCCAUGUUGGUCAGGCUGGUCUCGAACUACUGACCUCAGGUGAUCUGCCCACCUUGGCCUCCCAAAGUGCUGGGAUUACAGGCAUGAGCCACCACACCCAGCCCUGUUUUUAAUAUUUUAGCACCCUCUGUGUCCAUACUGGUGCAUACUGCCCUCUAAGUGUGCAUUCCAGUUUGUGUACUUUUAAAUAUAAUUAAAACCAUACAUUGCACCAACUAUUUGCUGCUUACAAGAGAUAUGCUUUAAUGAUAAGGACACAGGAAGUUUGGAAGUAAAGCUAGAAAGAUACACCAUGCAAAUAGUUACCAAAAUUUAUACUGAUCUUAAUGAUUUGUAACUCUUUUAACUUACCAUUGUCCCUAUGGUAAAACAUUCUUCUGUGUUGUUGCAUAUUAUGUUAUGGAAUGCAUGUAUCAUCAUUCAUUUAGCUAAUGAAAAUAUUAUUAGACAUUUUAGUAAUUUCUAGCAUUUUAUUUAUUUAUUUAUUUUGAGACGGAGUCUCACUCUGUCGCCCAGGCUGGAGUGCAGUGGUGUGAUCUCGGCUCGCUGCAACCUCUGCCUCCUGGGUUCAAGUGAUUCUCCUGCCUCAGCCUCCUGAGUAGCUGCGAUUACAGGAGCCACCACCAUGACCAGUUAAUUUUUGUAUUUUUAGUAGAGACGGGGUUUCACUAUGUUGGCCAGGCUGGUCUCAAACUCCUGACCUCAGGUGAUCUGCCUGCCUCGGCCUCCCAAAGUGUUGGGAUUACAGGUAUGAGUCACCACACCUGCCCUAAUUUCUAACUUUUUAAUAUAAAAAAUAACACUAGGUUGAAUAAUUUUGAGUGUAUAGUACCACCUCAGGUAAUUCUUCAUUUCUUUCCUCAGGAUACAUUUUUGGCUAUAGAACCAUGACUUUAAAGUUUAUGUACAUUUUAAAGUCUUUUUGCUCUAUUUUGCUAAAAUGACCUCUAGAAAGUUUGCAUGGAUUUGUAGUGCCAUUAGCAGCACGUAACAGUCCCAGUGCCACCUCCCAUCUCUGCGUGGUAUUUAUCACCAUUUUAUGAUGAAGCAAAUAAGUGAACAAACCAGAAAAAGAAAAAAGAAACAAAUGCAUCUAUUUUUUAAGCUUUCCUUUUUUUGUUACUCACAAGUGGUAGCAUUUUAAUGUUUUUUAUGUGCUGUGAAUUGUGUACACUUUAUAUGUGUGUUCAUAUUUUAAAGACUGAUCUGUAAGAGUUCAUGAUAAAAUAAGGAUAUCAAACCUCUGUCAUAAAUGUUGCAAAUAUUCUCCUCAGUUUUUUGGCCAUUUCUUGGUAGUUCUUUUUGAAAAAGGUAUUUGAUAUACAGUCAAGUUUUAUCUUUUUACUUCUCACCUGUGAGUCAGCUACAAGUUCGGCAUUGCAUUUUACUAGGUGGAGGAUGCCCUCAAGUCCUAAGAGGUUUAGAAAUACUGGUGGAGUCUCUUUGUCCAACCCCAUUAGGGAAGUGUGUUAAUGGACAACUGAGAUUUUAUAGAAUCUGAAGGAGAUAGGGGCUUUGGGUAAAGCUUCCUUUACUGCUGCCUGGAUUGCUUCUGAAGCUUCUUGCUAUUGGAUCCCCCUCAAAUGUGGCCACUUGCCUAGUGAUUUGGGAUAGAGGCUGAAUUGAAACUCCCUGGGGUGUGAAGCAUAUUGUUUCGCAAUUUCAAGGAGGCCACUAUGAUAUGGAGCCUCCUUUUUGUUGUUGGUGAAUUCAGGGCAAGCAGACUGUCUUUUCAUAGCCUAUAAAAUGUCUCUUUAGAUCUAAAUGUCACUUUGGGUAUUGGGAGCUUGGAUUUUGUCCUCCCUCAAAGCCCAUCCAUCUGUAGUCAGUAGUACUUGAGUGGCUCAGAAUGCAGAGCCACUUGUUUUCUUGGUGGAGAUCAUUAAUGAAAUGCUUAGAAUUCCCACCGUGGUCUUGAUACCAGAUGGAGAAUGAAGCCCACACCAAAAGCAGAGAUGGAAAGAACUGGAUAAUUGUUGACAUUCUUAAACCACUUAUUCAACUGUCUCCAAAACUCUCCUACAGAGCAUUUGUAUUAUAUAAGAGAAUGCAUUAUCUUAUUGAUGAUGCUGGUUCAAGCAGGGGUUUCUGUUAUUUGUAGCCAAAGCCUCCCAGUAGGUGGAGUGGCAAUAUUGCCAAAGCCCCAUGAAGCCCCAUGGCUUCUUUGUACGCCCCGGAGCAGAAUCUAAAACACACAGAUCCGUUGCUCUUUUGCAAAUCUUCGAGUUGAAAUGUCCUGGUGGCUCUCCUGUAGUGAGCCAGUCCUUUCUCCUUGGCUGAAGUUUCCCCUUCCUUUCAGCUCUCACUCUUUUGAAAGACCACCCUCCCUGCACUCAUCUUCCCUUCAGCCUCCUGUUUGGGGGAAGGAUGACUCACUGCUGUGGGGUAAAGGGAGGGCUCACCGGUGUGGGGGAGUGAAGAGGCAGCUCACUCGCUACUUGGGAGGCAAAGAGUAUUUCCAGCCAGAGAAGAUUUGGAGAAGACUGGUCACAUGGAGCAUGUUUGGCUUGCAACGUCUCCCUUUCUGGGAACUUUAAGUGGCCUGGGAUACUGCUUUCGGGGGCUACUGAGAAGCUCAGAAAUAAUGGGCUUUGGAGUCAUUUAAUAGCUACUUCACCUUGAUAGUGUUGUCUCUUUCCUUCUGUCUGCUCUGUCAUGCUUGGUAUUGGCCCCAUCCUUGUAGCUGGCUUCAAGAUGACAGCAUCAGCUUGAGAAAUAACAUCCUGAGGAGUGAAGGACACUCUUCCUGUGGCUUCUUCUCAGAAGAGAAGACAUUCCCAGUCCUCACUGUACCCCCACUGCAGGUUCUAUUCACAUUAUAAUGGUCAUCACUGUGCCUUAGGCUUAUCUUGAGAAAAUCACUGGCUACUGGGAAUAGAGGAAUCUUGGGCCCUUUCAGGCUCUUCCCUGAGGCCCUGCCCUGGGCACACAGCUGUAUGAGAGUGGAGCAGAUAUCUGAACAAAAUGGGGGUUCUUCGAAGAAGGAGGAUGGUGAUAAUGGAUACCAUGACAAUCAAAGGCACCAUCUAUAAAUACCAUUUGUGGAGUUUCACCAUGUUCCAGGACUGUAAUAUUUCUAACACCCCCUCAACCUCAGCAGUGAAGUCAUAUUAUUAUCUGGUUUUACAGAGGAAAAGACUGUGCUCAAAGGUCAAGAUCUUUUGAUAUUGUUAAGUGAAACUUUUUCUAAAAUACUGUGGUAAUAGAGUUUGCCAGUGGGCAGCCCAGAGAUAGAACUUCCUGGGUGGUGCAGGGACUUCAGCCAAGUGCUAUGUGAGACUUGUCCCCUGCACCUUUCAUUGAGCUCCUCAGGUACUGACUUCCCACUGGAUGCUUCUUGCCUCUCACCAUAGAAAAAUCACGAUCAGCAAAGUCAGGCCUGUUUCUAACAUGGGAAGUCUUGCCAGGCACCAGGUAGACUUACAUUGGAGGACAAGGUCAGAAACAAACCUUUAUAGAUUCGAAUGUCUUCCCGCCCCCACCCCAGCCCACUUGGGGCCACCCAAAAAAUGAUGCCCUGGAGCCUUGGCAUGCCAUUAAAAGUGAAGAAAUGCUUAAUCAAAUCACGCCACUUGAAGCGAGUUGAGUUGGAAUGAAAAAAUUGUGCAGCGCUGCCCGCAGUGGAAAUUUACCAGGCCAAAGUGGACACCAAAUACUCCCAGGUUGUUUUGAAAUAGAUACGGUCGCGUUCUGUAAAGUUCUGAGAUCCCUUUCCAAAUAUUUGAAAAUCUUUCCAUUAACUAGGAUUGCUUUAGAAGAACACACACACACACACACACACACACACACACACACACACCUCCCCAACCCCAAAGGCUUAUGCUAUGUGCAUGGAAGAAACAGAAAACUCUAGACACCCCAAAUAUCUCUUGAAAUUGGCAGAGAUCCAUGAAUCCCCUCUGUUGUCUAUUGAGACAGCUCUCAUUUUUUAAAGUUUAUUUGCGUAUUCCCCCCUCAAAAAUGUCAUGACUAACUUUCCAUUCAUUAUCAAAAUAUUCUUUUGCCACUAAUUUCCCUUCUUGGUUAAAAUAAACAAAACAGAGUGAAUGCUGUUGGCAUUGCAUCUAGGAUGCACUCAGCUGUAAACAAGAGAACAUUUUCUUAACGGAUCUUGAAAAGUCCUCCCGUGAGAAUUUCCUGUGCAGUCUGUCUCUGUUUCUUAACUCCAUUUGGCGUGGAGGGCAGAGACUCAGCGGCGGCAGGAAAGGGGAGGCUGCCUCGGGCUUGCCAGGGUCCAACGUCUCAUCCCCCGCGGCCAGGCCCCUGCAAGGUACCUGUGGAGUCUUCACAUGACGUGGACGCCGGGGCUGGCUACCGUGUGACCUUGGGUGGCCAUUGAACAUCUUUGGACCUCAGUUUUCUCAGCCAUAAAAUGAAGCCAUCGGAUCUGAUGAUCUCUAAGCUACAUCCUGUACCAAAACUCUAGGACUCAAAUCUAGGAAUGUCUAAUUAAAAAAAAAACAUGGAGAAGAUACUUGAAAACAAACCUUAAGUUUUAGGAUUUGUGAAGAUGCGGUGAAGAGCUCCGUGGGUGAGAGAAACAUUUCGUUUUUCAAAGGUCGAACACAAGAAAAGUAGGUCAGAAAACCAGCUUGUCCAAAGCUCCCUUUCCAAUAACACAGACGAGAGCUUGUGAACCCCCCAGAAUAUACCUUGUAAGUGGAGGAGCAGACAGGGGGUGCAAAGCAGGCCUUCUCCACUUCCUGGAGCUGGGGGAGAAGAGUUCCUAGCUCUUUAGCUCCUUCUAGUCCAUGGCCUAAUUUGUGUGGCUGCAGUGAGGACUCUGGGAUGUGGGGCAGGCCAGCGGUUCUUUUUUCAGAAGUUCCCCAGGCCUCCUAGAGAAAUGGGGAGAGGUCUGAGGGUGGGGGUGAGGAUGACUCUCAGUGCAAAGACAGGGCCAAAGGUGUCCGUCUCGGGAGAAACUCACCUGAAAGUGACAAGACGCUGAGUCCUCCCUUGAUUGAUAUGGCCAAUGAAAGAGGGGGCACUACCCAGUGUUUCUCAGGGAGUCUCAGGGGUGGUCUCCUGAGGACACAUCCUCCAUGGAAGUAUGUGAAGCAGGAAGAAGAAAUGCUAGUGACAAAGGUGUGACCCUUCAAGGUUGGCCACAAAGAGACAUCAUCAUCUCUGCUGGGGAGACUCCUCUGUCUGGAAUAGUCUUGGGAGGCAGCAGCACCCUGUGGUCGAACUUUCUGGAGACCCCUGAUGUCAUGUAAAGGCCCAAAGUGGGAUGGGGAGGGCAGCCACAGCAGUGCGUCCCAACUGCACAGGACCUGGUCAACCCUGGGCAUUUGGAAAUGGGAAGGGACCUGAGAGGAUGGAGGCAUGGAUUUCUAUAUUAGUACCAGGUGGAGCCUGGGAGUCAAUAACACCGGGAGCUCUCGUAGUCACCCCGUAAAUCAGAUUGGCUUAGGGAGCUGAAGAUGACAUUGGCAACACUCUUAACAGCCGCUCCUCAAACAUGGCUCCCAGUUCAGGUCAGGAGACCAAGGAUUGGCGGCUGUGCCAGUUUCAAGGGAAAUGAGGAAAACAAGAAUGAGAUAGUGCUUUCUUCCAUACAUCUAAAUUCAUUUCACUUAAAAGACUGUUCUCUAUUUUGAGAGUAUGUCUUCCCCAAUUUUGGUGUUAAAAGUGUCCUUUCAUGAAAUAAUGGCAACACAUGAUAAGUUUAGAAAAAAGGUUUUUAUUUGACAAAAGAGGAAGUUGGUAAAUUUUGCUGAGCCCUGUGGCCGAUUCUUGUAGUUUUCUCUCCAUAUUUGCUUUCCCCUUUUUUCAUUCUAAGAGGAGUUUAAAGGGGCAUGUGACCAUCCAGAAUAAAGCUUACAGUUCCCAGGUGUCCCUUGGAGCUCAGUGUGAUCAUUUGCCCAAGUUCUGGCCAAUGAGAUGUUGGCAGAAGUGAUGUAUACAACUUCUGGGGUGUGUCCUCAAAGGGCAAGGGUCUGUCUGUUCCCUGCCACUUUUCCUCUUCCCAAAGGCUGUAGUACAGACAUGGUGGUGAGUUAUCGUGACUGUGCAGAUGAAUGCAAUAUCCCAGGGGCGGCAGAGCAGCAAGACAUGGGGAGCCUAGAAUCUACUAUCAGCCCAGGAUGCUUAUGGAAUGGGAGAGGGAAAUAGCCAUUGAUAUUUCAUGUCUUUGGAGAUAAAAAUGAGUCUGCACUUAGAUGAUAUUUGCAGAAAUGGCAGUAGUUGAGAUCAACCAGGAAUAGAGAGUAGAGGGUGAAAAGAACAGUGCCUAGCAUGGAGCCUCAAGAGCUCCACCAUAUAAUAUUUACGGCAUGGAGGAAGAACCCAUAAAGAGACCGAGGAGUGAAGCUAGAGAAAUAGGAAGAGAAAACGGUGUGAAGGAGCCAAGGGGAGAAAGUAUUUGUGAAAUAAAGGAGUGGUCAACCUGUUUCUGUGACACUGAGAGGUCCAGUAAGAUGAGGCCCCACAUGUAGCCAUUCUGUUUAAAACGGAGAUGAUUGGAGACCUUAUUAAGAAUUGUUUCCUUAAAGUGGUGUAGUGAAAGUCUGUAGGAAUGGGGUCUGGGGUUGGUGGGAGAUGAGGGAGACACAAGGAGUGUGGCCACAAAGGCAAGAGUAAGAGAGGCCGGGUGCAAUGUCUCAUGCCUGUAAUGCCAGCACAUUGGGAGGCCUAGGUGGUUGGAUCACUUGAGCCUAGGAAUUCAAGACUAGCCUGGGCAACAUGGUGAGACCCCGUCUAUAUCAAAGAUACAAAAAAUAAAAAUCAGCCAGGCAUGGUGGCAUGCACCUGUAAUCUCAGAUACUUGGGAACUUGAGGCAUGAGGAUCAUCUGAGCCCAGGGGGUUGAAGCUGCAGUAAGCUGUGAUCGCACCACUGUACUCCCACCUGGGCAAUAGCGCAAGACCCUGCCAAAAAAAAAAAAAAAAGACAGUAA